AUGGCACGCCCAGGCUCUGGGGUGCUGGUGUCGGUCAACGGGCUGGGGUACCCUCCUCAGAACCUGGCCCGGGUGGUGGUGUGGGAGUGGCUGAACGAACAUGGGCGCUGGCGGCCCUACAGCGCGGCAACGUGCCACCACAUAGAGAACGUACUGAAGGGUGACGCGCGGGGGACUGUGGUCCUUGGACAGGUGGAUGCCCAGCUGGCCCCUUACAUCAUCGACCUGCAGUCCAUGCACCAGUUUAGACAGGACACAGGUAAGAACCAGUCAAAACACCUGUGUCGUUCAUCAUCAUCAUCAUGUGAUGCAUGUGGGGUCACAGACAUUUAUAUAACUGUAUUUCCCCAUUAUGAAUUUCAAUGGUAGAAUAGAUUAACAAUGUAAAAGGUGCAGUUCAUGCCACAGCAUGCUGUACAUAUUAUUCAAAUGUUCAUUCUUAGCCAAUAGACCCUUCCAUUAUGGUGUUCAUUUUCUUUGCAACCUAGCUCAACAACUUAAUAUGGAAACCACCCUUGAAGAAUGUGCAUCUUUUUCUGUAUUUGCCGUACAACAAAUCUAAUUUAACUCCUUGGGGAAGUCGAGCGAGAGAUCCAAAUGUACUGGGACCUAUCUGAACCACAGGUUGAGGUGGGUAUCUUUGCUACAACAGAAGAUGAAGCACUCAGAUGACCAUUAAUGCUCAUCAGAUUAAAAACAAGUUUAGUAACCACCUUAAUCAUUACCUAAUCUUCUACGCCACAGCUUUAAUGUCAUGACCUUGCCAAAGGUCAUUGUGAAUGAGGCAGCCAAGCAUUUCAAGUGAGCGACUGCUGUAAUCCUCACUCUCUCCAGCGCCAUAAAACAGAAAAAUUAUAUUUUCUGUCAGAAAAUAACAAUGUGAAAGAUAAUAAUUUUUCAUGUUUGGUUUUGAUGUUGUAUUUUCAUGCUUCAUCUUCUUGCCUCUUACCAGUACUCACAGUGCUGCCACUCUCUGGUACAAACCUAUCAAACAUUUAUGAUCAUUUAUGAUGAGCAAAGCGACAUUGACUCCAUCUAGUAAAUAGAGAUACCCUUAGAAAUACAGCAUAGAGAUAUCCUAUAGAUCAGUGAUCAUCAACUAGAUUCAGCCGCGGGCUGAUUGUUUUCUUGAGCAGAUGGUCAGGGGGCCGGAACAUAAUUACAAAUAAUUUGUAGACGGCAAAUUGACCACAAGAAGCCCAAACAGAUAUAAUACUUGACUAAAACAUAAUCAUUUAAACCUUGCUUUCAUUUGUAUACAUUCACAUACACUGAGUGUACAAAACAUUAUGAACACCUGCACUUUCCAUGACAUAGACUGACCAGGUGAAUCCAGGUGAAAGCUAUGAUCCCUUAUUGAUGUCAGUUGUUAAAUCCACUUCAAUCAGUGUAUAUGAAGGGGAGGAGACAGGUUAAAGAAGGAUUUUUAAGCCUUGAGACAAUUGAGACAUGGAUUGUGUAUGUGUGCCGUUCAGAUGGUGAAUGGGCAAGAAAAUAUUUAAGUGCCUUUGAAUGGGGUGUGGUAGUAGCUGCCAGGCGCACCGGUUUGUGUCAAGAACUGCAACGCUGCUGGGUUUUUCACGCUCAACAGUUUCCCAUGUGUAUCAAGAAUGGUCCACCACCCAAAAGACAUCCAGCCAACAUGACACAACUGUGGGAAGCAUUGGAGUCAACAUGGGCCAGUAUCCCUGUGGAACGCUUUCGACACCUUGUAGAGUCAAUGCCUCGACGAAUUGAGGCUGUUCUGAGGGCAAAAGUGGGGGGGCGCAACUCAAUAUUAGGAAGGUGUUCUUAAUGUUUUGUACACUCAGUGUGUAUCUCUGUUAUGUGUGGAAUAGUUUGGAACAGAUUUCCAAAAUUACAAUCAAUUGGAGCUGAUUUCCUGGUGUUUUUACAGUCUUUUAUGUCCAACAAUUUAAAAACAUAAUAUAUAUAUAUUUAUUAUUAUUAUUUGUCUAAGAAAACUUGGUGCCAAAGGACACAAUCCCAGCAAGAAUCAACAGAAACAUACUAGGCUUCUGAUCCCCCUAUAGGUUGUUUGGUCAUUGAGCUUACAAAUGUAUUCCACUAAGGUGUUCAUUUGCCUGCCUGUGUUGCUUCUGUUGCUUGGACACAUUUACUUCUCAGAUAUGAAGGUGUUUUUGCCUAAGAUUAUCAAAGCGUUCCUGUCUGAGUUUUUUCGGAGUUUUAGAUGUACCUGCUGCCACAGUGUGUUGAGGAUGCAUGCGUGCGGGGGAGGUCUCAGAAAGCUGUUCAGUGUCAGCUAUAGAGAAUCCUUUGACACCUGAAUUAGCCUCGCAGGCUCAUUCACCUGAACAAUGAAUGUCUCAUAGUGAUUAAUUAAUUGAUGAACCUUCUAUGUCCCAAUGGCCAGACUUCUAUAUUAACAGGGCAUAGAACAUGACACCGUGUCAGAGAGAGUGCAGGAGAGAAAGGGAAGGAUAUCUCAUAGAGUUUUACUAGCUGGUGCAUUUGUCACUCAGUAUAAGCAAAACAUUAUUAUUAUCCUAUAUGCUGUGUAGCUUAUGAGGAUUGGCAAAACAAAACAAAUGUUACUUUGAGGUGAAAUGAAUUGUUCAGUUGGAUUCAUAGUCAUUGGUCUUCUAUUGAUAGCCAGGGUGAAAUCAUGUUAGCUGGUGUGAAUGUGACGAGGCAGUAUCUUAGCAUGGCUGCCUGUCACACUUGCCUAAAGCCUAAGGAAGUGCUGUGGGUGAUUUCUGCUGUCCUUGUCGUCGUGUCCUUUGAUAGAAUAGAGAGCUGCACAUGUGUCUGAGACUGGUUUGCUGAGAGAGCGAGAGAGAGGAGCCAGCCAACCGUUUGUCAGCCAUUACCAUGGCGCUGGGCCUGGGCCUGACGUUUAUCGCUCCUCAUUUUGCUGUUCUCCGUGUUACCUUCCCCCUCAGCUGGGAUAAAACUGUCACAACAGGUGCUGACGGACAGCAUCCUGGACACCCAUCCCUGACCCCCCUCCUCCACCUUCUAAAAACUGUGAUAGGCUCCUGCAGCUAUGGCUGUCCUAUUGAUCUGUCUUCAUAUAGGGCCCUGGUGAGAGGCAAUGUGAUAUUGAUGCAUGACCACCAUUUACAUGAACGGUGGAAUGGGAAACCGUGGCCUCGGAUCUGUUUUUUAUGGCUUUCAAUACAUUUGUUUACAGUGGAUGUUUGCUGUGUGAAGGACAGGCGCAAAACCACAAUCAACCAGCCUGCUGCAGGGCCUCAGAUUGUACCUCUGGUGGAAGACCAUGGUUAAUAUGCCAGUGGUGCUGCUGUCUACUGCAGCUGUGGAUGGAGCUAGAAGCUGGAAACAGCAGGGUCAUGGUUGGACUACCGCAUUUGGGGCCCUGGGGCACCGACUUAAAAUGUUGCAGUUUUAAAGCAAAUUUCCUGCUAUUCUACACAUUUUGUCAUGAGGCUGAGAGAAAGUUGACUAGCAACAACUACUGGGACCUAAAAGACACCCACCAUGAGCACCCACUAAAUUUGCCCAAGAAGAGGCAAACAAAAUAAAAUCCACACCAAACUUAAAGACAGGAAGCAAACCAAAAAGUGGAGCAAAAUGAAAUCAGGGAAGAGCAGAUAAAGGAUGUAUUUUUAAUUUUUUUAUCUCCAAAAUAAACCAAUAAACACUGGCGGUCUUUCAUACAAGACAAAACAACCACUUUUCUUUGUGUUAAUAUUCUAUUUUUUAUACUAAUUUCCUUAUUUUUCUUUCCUUUUUAUUUAUUUAUAGUAGCCUAAACUCAGACGUUUUGAAAAUACAAAUGUUGUACGUCUCUAUAACUCUCAUCCGCUUGGAACGAGCUCAACCAAAACAACACUUAACUCCAAUACAGAAAAACUUGCAGUCAAAACAAAAUGUGUGCCAGGAUACACACUGGCUAAACACAAAACGUAUAGACUUCCCACCGUUAAAGACAAUCAGCAACCAAGUUGUCCUUACCACGGACAUGUCUGAUUUCAAGGGGAAAAUCCUGCAAUAUGAGACUCCAAUGAAGGAGUCGGCGGUUCAUGGAGCUUGUCUUUUGCAUUAAAACGAGAAGGUUGUGAUCGGUAUAGACCACCAUAGGGGUAGAGACCGAUACAUAAACCUCCAAGUGCUGAAGAGCCAGUACCAAAGCUAGCGUGUCCUUCUUGAUAGUUGAGUACUGUUUUUGAUAUGAGGCCAAUUUCUUUUUUUAAAGUACCCCUCAGGGUGCUCAUCAUCUUCUUUCUGUAGGAGGGGGUUGGGGCCCCCUGGAGGUCGGGGGCCACGGGGCAUGUGCUCUGCGUGCCCGUUUGGUAAUCUGGCCCUGAGCAGGGUUGUGUUACGCUUGUGUGUCCAUGGUGUCCUAGGAGGAGUGUGAGUGAUGGAGUGCUCUGUCAGUUGGGUGGUGUGUGUCCUCUCUGCACACUCUCAGGGAUCUGGACAGUCUCCUGUGGCUUUGGGCGAACCCGGACCGCCUAUGGUGGGAUCCAGACCGUAGACCUACACACACACCAAGCCCAUACAACCCGAAUGAGACAGCAGCAGCUCUAUUUGAACUCUUCUUCUCCCUGUAAUCAGUGGAGCAUGACGGCAGCAGCACACACCACAACCUGUGCAGCAGGGCCCUUCUCUCUAUGAGCCUGCCCGAAACAUCUGCAUGCUACCGCCAUUCUAAACACGGGAUACACAACGCUCAGCUCAGCACGGGCUUGGAAAGAGAAGAUACCAGUCUAUGGUGAAGUGUAAAAAAUUGGAGUGCGUACGUGCGCACAGGAUUACAGGGCUGCCUAGUUUGUGGAAGAAUCUCUGGCUGGAGGCUGGGGAUGGGUUGGCUCAUAUCCAAAGUGGAUCGAUCCAUUCCCCUCCCCAGAGGGGUGUUUCAACCUCUAAACACUGCUGUGGACUGAUCCCCUUUCACUCCACCCACUCCCAUAGCGCAACACAGGGGCUUAUCAGCCAUCUCUAUCGUACCCCAACACUCUCCCUGCCACUGGCCAGUGAUAGGGUUCACACUGCCAUGCAUAACCUCAGUGCUACCUCUCCACUGUUUACCUCUCAUUCUCCUGAUGAUGGAAAGCCAAUGUAGAGAAGCCAGUAACAUGACUGUUACAUAUGCAGAACAUGACAUUAGACACACACAAACUGUUGUUUGUAAUUUCAUCCCAUGAGAUGUAAUUUUACAUGGAAAUCAACACGCUUGAAACCCACAGCAGCUUAUGACAAAUCAAAAUGUAGAACCUGUGACUACUUCAUGUUAUGCUGUGACUAUAAAGACAUUAUAUAAUUAUUAUAUAUAUAUAUAUAUAUCCCCCUUCAGAUAAAUUAUUUACUCAGUGUUCUUCACAAACACUCUUAGGUGAUGACAUUAUUUUCUACUAAGUGAGAUUUACAGAGGGCCACAGUGUGGGUUGCUGGUCUGGCAUUCUAGUGUGUGUGACAGACUACAGAGAUAAACUCUAUCAGAGUGGCUCUGUUCCGUUGCUAUGGCCAGUGACGUGCAUUGUUUCUCCUCCCCUAUUUGUUUUGGUAAUGCAUGCGUGAGAACCUGUUCUCCUCUGACCUGUUUUCUCUGUGCUUGCAAUCCUCCUCCUGAGUAAUUCAAAACAGGUUGGUGACCACCACACUGCCUGUGGUGGAAAAAGAUAGACUGGCAGAAAAAUAAAGCUAUCACUUUCCAUUUUCAUGUGUAGAUGACAACCGGCAGUAGCUGCAGUCUUGGUUCUAUUGCUGUUGACGGCAUCUUGCUGAGUGUGUGUACUGCAGGUGUGUUGGAGGAGGGCGGUGUGUGAUUUCUUUACUAGCCUGCGGUGUGUGUGGGGGGAGUCGUUUCAGUGGUGUGUGGGCUGGAGUUCUGAGAAGGAUUCCUGCUACGUGCUACAGGUUGGGUAUGACUUGGCCCUCAGCCAUCACCAUUUGAAAUCAAAACAUUAUUGACCCACAUGUGAACAGGAAGGAUGAGCAGAGCAGAAUAAAGAUAAAGGAGUACAUGUGAAUUAGGAAAGCUAUGUGUAUGUUUUGCAGAGGGCCCUUUGUAGGGCUAACUCCAUCAAUCUUCUGUCCUGAACUGAAGGAAAACUGGCUGGAUCUAAGAGAUACAGGACCAUUCAAUUAGGAGGACCAUUUAAUAUUUAUAAUUUCCUGUAUAGGCCUACCUAUUCUUCUAAUUUCCUGUAUAGGCCUACCUAUUCUUCUAAUUUCCUGUAUAGGCCUACCUAUUCUUCUAAUUUCCUGUAUAGGCCUACCUAUUCUUGUCAUUUCCUGUAUAGGCCUAUCUAUUCUUGUCAUUUCCUGUAUAGGCCUACCUAUACUUGUCAUUUCCUGUAUAGGCCUACCUAUUCUUGUCAUUUCCUGUAUAGGCCUACCUAUUCUUGUCAUUUCCUGUAUAGGCCUACCUAUUCUUGUCAUUUCCUGUAUAGGCCUACCUAUUCUUGUCAUUUCCUGUAUAGGCCUACCUAUUCUUGUCAUUUCCUGUAUAGGCCUACCUAUUCUUGUCAUUUCCUGUAUAGGCCUACCUAUUCUUGUCAUUUCCUGUAUUGGCCUACCUAUUCUUCUCAUUUCCUGUAUAGGCCUACCUAUUCUUGUCAUUUCCUGUAUAGGCCUACCUAUUAUUCUCAUUUCCUGUAUAGGCCUACCUAUUCUUGUCAUUUCCUGUAUAGGCCUACCUAUUCUUGUCAUUUCCUGUAUAGGCCUACCUAUUAUUCUCAUUUCCUGUAUAGGCCUACCUAUUCUUCUCAUUUCCUGUAUAGGCCUACCUAUUCUUCUCAUUUCCUGUAUAGGCCUACCUAUUCUUCUCAUUUCCUGUAUAGGCCUAUCUAUUCUUCUCAUUUCCUGUAUAGGCCUAUCUAUUCUUGUCAUUUCCUGUAUAGGCCUACCUAUUCUUGUCAUUCAUACUUAUUACUUGUUCUGUCUCUCUGAAUUUCUGUUUUAUUGGAAAUUGCACACAAUAAAUGUAAAUCAUGUACACAAUAAUACAGUACAGUUUUAUUGUGUACCUGAAAGGAAGGAGGAGAGGGAGAGCUUGUUUAUGUACUUGAAGGAUUAAAAGUGGAUGCGGUGGGAGGGGUGGUGCGUGUUUGUGUGUGUGUGUGUGUGUGUGUCAGCAAUACGGAUUGAAUGUGUGAUGCCCUCCCUGUCAAGGCAGGCAUGUUGUUGAGUGACACAAUGGAGUUAUAUUGAUGUUCUACACAUUGUUAGAUAAAACAACAACAGUGUUUCAAUUGUUGAGUGAGAGAGAGAUAAAUAAUAUUCCUAUCUUCUAAUGAACACUGGUGUCAUGGUUUACAGUCAUUACAUCCAAAACUGAGAUUAAGUAAAUUCAUCAAAAGCUACGGUAUGCUCCCAAGUGAACUCACAAAAGCACUUGCACCCCCCGUAUUUGAGAGAAGUUUUAGUUACAAAGCAUACGAAGCAAAAGCCUAUGAGAAGGGUGCAGAGAGGAGCUGAGGACUGAUAGGGAGAUCCUGAGAGAAAAGAGACAGACAUAGAGAGGUGGAGUGUUCCCCGAGUGUACAAAACAUUAGGAACACCUGCUCUUUCCAUGACAGACUGACCAGGUGAAUCACAGGUGAAAGCUAUGAUCCCUUAUUGAUGUCACUUGUUAAAUCCACUUCAAUCAGUGUAGAUGAAGGGGAGGAGACAGGUUAGGAUUUUUAAGCCUUGAGACAAUUGAGACUUGUGUAUGUGUGAAUGGGCAAAACAAAAUAUUUAAGUCCCUUUGAACGGGUAAUGGUAGUAGGUGCCAGGUGCACCGGUUUGAGGGUGUCAAGAACUGCAAUGCUGCUGGGUUUUUCACGCUCAACUGUUUCCCGUGUGUAUCAAGAAUUAUCCACCACCCAAAGCACAUCCAGCCAACUUGACACAAGUGUGGGAAGCAUUGGAGUCAACAUGGGCCAGCAUCCCUGUUUGAACGCUUUCAACACCUUGUAGAGUCCAUGCCCCGAUGAAUUGAGGCUGUUCUGAAGGCAAAAGGGGGUGCAACUCAAUAUUAGGAAGAUGUUCCUAAUGUUUUGUACACUCAGUGUAUAGUAUAGUGACCGUCAUGAAAGAGGGGAGCACAAACACAAAAACCAGACAGAAACACAGGGAAGAAAUUGAGAUGUGCACAGGGCAGGUGUGAUUUCCCAAACCUGCCAUCUCUUUUCCUUUCUCUUUGUUUCUCUUUCUCUGUUUCUCUCUUUAUCCAUUAUCCCGCCUCUCUUUUUUCCAGUUCCACCCUCCCCUGUUCACUCUGGAUAGAAGUCAGUUUUCCACCUCAUCUGGUCCUUCAGAACGUUAGUUUAUUAUUUUGCCAUUGUCUUUGUCUAGGUCACAUCAAUGCAAAAGUACUGCAAGCUCUAAUACAAUUUACAGGAUCACAUUCUAACUUGAGGGGGCUAUACAGCAUUUCUGUAUAUGGAACAGAAAGACUGUUUAUGAAGGCUGAUUAUUUCAGAAUCAAACAAGUACUGUCCUAGCCUCCUGAUCUCCAUCACCACGUCAUGGUUCCUUUUCUGGAAUGGGGACAUGUAGCUCUGUGGUACUGUAACACUCUCUAGCAGCUUGGAGAGGUAGUAGCUUACUACUGUACUUGUAGCUCAGUGUCCAGACCAGGCCAUCCGCCAGCUCCUUGGUGAAAGUGACCCUGUAGCGCUCUUAUUUCCUGGACCUUGGGGCUGUAGUGUUUGUAGUUCUGGAAUUGGUCCUGUGAGGAGGAGACAGUCUGAGAUGUGGCCACGUCCUCCCUAAGUGAUUAAGGUGAGCGGGCUGGGCACCGGGCAUGGUAGCAGCUGCUCUGGGUUGGCAGCCUGGCACACACAGAAGCACAGUUAGACACCCAGGGCAUCUUUCCAUCCUCUCAACCUCUAAUCCGAUGAGUCACCACUUUUAACUUCUGAGGUGGAUAUCUUUCUCUUUCAUCGAGCCAACAGCUUUUAAAGCUGCUCUCCGCCAGUGCUUCCCUUAUCAGGGCCAGUCAAGGAGGUCACUCAGAUCAGAGCCCCCCCCCCCUCUCUCUCUCGCUCUCACGCUCACUCUCACUCACUCACCACUGCUGUGAUUAUGAUUAAACCAGGCCCACCCACCUCUCUCCCGCUAAACAACUCCAUUAGGGUCUCCCUCUCUGCUGCCUGGUUUAAUCUAUCACCAUCUUCUGGGUGUCAGAGGGACACUGGUGGUUAAACUGUGAGUACCGGGGUUGACUCUUGGGGUGCCCUAAAAUAGUGGGCUGGACUAAUGUUUUUAUGUUUGAGCUGGACCAAUGUGCUAAUGGGGGUAGUCAGGUUUGUUCAACUCCAGAGCGCCCAUACAAAACCUGGUCUGUAGAUGUGGGUGUUUGAUGGUAAGGUUUGUAUGUGCCCAUGUACAGCCUGCAUGAUAAAUGGUUUCAGGUACUUUGAGACUAUGACCCACCAUGGACUAAGAUUAAAGGCAGCAGGUAUAUCUUUGAUCUGUGCAGUCACAGAACAUGAUUGAUGAAGUUAACUAUUAAUUAAGUAUGGUAACAGAUGCUCUAAUGAAUCCAACUGUGCAGAGUAAACUGCUCACAGGUCUCUAUUUCAGCCAUACAGCACACUCAUGCUUAGCAGCACAAAACGAUAGUUAGACACUUGUUAUGUUAAAGGUGGCAGAGGAAUGUUAAGUCAGCAGUGGUGUCUUUGAUCAGUAGGGUAUGUGGUCUUUAGUGCAGAAAGAGCAUUGUUUGACUGUAUUAAGGGAGCUUUGCACAGCUAGCUUGGAGCACAUGGCUCCCCUUGAUCACUCACAGUACAGAUCUCAGCAUGGGCCUUUUAUUUUGGUUCCAAUCUUCCCUCUCUGUAGAACGCACUAUUCAGCCACCACACUGUGUGCAUUCUGCACUGCAAAGCUGAGAAAGCAGAGCUUAGUUUGAGGCUUUAAUGAUUGAAUAGAUGUAAUGACAAACUGACACCAAGUUUAUAUUGGUGCUGUUUUAUGUUUUGAAUCAUUAUGGAAAUAAAUGGAUGAUACUGCCAAGAGUUUACAUCAGCUCUCACCUACCCACAUGAAAAAAAUACUAUAGUAUACUAUCGGAUAAAUACUACAAUAUUCACUGUAGUGUUUUUGCGGACUUUACUGUAGUGUUUUUGCAGAAGUUUGUCUGCAAAAACACUACAGGGAAUACUGUGGCAUUUACUGUAGUAUACUGUAGUAUUUACAGUUAACUAUCAUAUAAAUACUGUAGUAAAAUAAAACUGUAGUAUAUACUAUUGUAAUUAAUGUAGUGUUUUUGCAGAUUGUAGUAUACUGUAGUAUUUACUAAAGUGUUUUUGCAGACAUUACUGUAGUAUUUACUAUAGUGUUUUUGUUUUAUUAUCUUUGACGUAUAAGUGGAGGCUUUAUCCUUCAGAAAACCUACUGGAGAUACUAAAAGAGCACAUUUUUUAUAACCUGUAGGUAGGUAGGACUGGGGUCUGAACAGACGGUUUAGCGCUUCUGCUCUUUUCUAUAAUCUGUAGGGAACACAAUAUGGUUUAUACUUGGCAUGUAGGUUUCUCACUUAUGGGUGGCACAAAUUGCAACAUGGGGGAGGGAAAUGGGCAGGGUAUACAGUUGAAGUCGGAAGUUUACAUAAACCUUAGCCAAAUACAUUUAAACUCAGUUUUUCACAAUUCCUGACAUUUAAUCCUAGUAAAAAUUCCCUGUCUUAGGUCAGUUAGGAUCACCACUUUAUUUUAAGAAUGUGAAAUGUCAGAAUAAUAGUAGAAACAAUGAUUUAUUUCAGCUUUUAUUUAUUUCAUCACAUUCCCAGUGGGUCAGAAGUUUACAUACACUCAAUUAGUAUUUGGUAGCAUUGCCUUUAAAAUGUUUAACUUGGGUCAAACGUUUCGGGUAGCCUUCCACAAGUUUCACACAAUAAGUUGUGUGAAUUUUGGCCCAUUCCUCCUGACAGAGAUGGUGUAACUGAGUCAGGUUUGUAGGCCUCCUUAAUCGCACACGCUUUUUCAGUUCUGCCUACACAUUUUCUAUAGGAUUGAGAUCAGGGCUUUGUGAUGGCCACUCCAAUACCUUGACUUUGUUGUCCUUAAGCCAUUUUCCCACAACUUUAGAAGUAUGCUUGGGGUCAUUGUCCAUUUGGAAGACCCAUUUGCGACCAAGCAUUAACUUCCUGACUGAUUUCUUGAGAUGUUAGUUCAAUAUAUCCACAACAUUUUUCUUCCUCAUGAUGCCAUCUAUUUUGUGAAGUGCACCAGUCCCUCCUGCAGCAAAGCACCCCCACAGCAUGAUGCUGCCAACCCCGUUCUUCACUGUUGGGAUGGUGUUCUUCGGCUUGCAAGCUCCCGCUUUUUCCUCCAAACAUAACGAUGGUCAUUAUGGCCAAACAGUUCUAUUUUUGUUUUAACAGACCAGAGGACAUUUCUCCAAAAAGUACGAUCUUUGUCCCCAUGAGCAGUUGCAAACCGUAGUCUGGCUUUUUUAUGGUGGUUUUGGAGCAGUGGCUUCUUCCUUGCUGAGCAGCCUUUCAGGUAAUGUCGAUAUAGGACUCGUUUUACUGUGGAUAUAGAUACUUUUGUACCUGUUUCCUCCAGCAUCUUCAGAAGGUCCUUUACUGUUGUUCUGGGAUUGAUUUGCACUUUUCGCACCAAAGUACGUUAAUCUCUAGGAGACAGAACACAUCUCCUUCCUGAGCGGUAUGACGGCUGCGUGGUCCCAUGGUGUUUAUACUUGUGUACUAUUGUUUGUACAGAUGAACGUGGUACCUAAAGCCAUGACAUCAUUUUCUGGAAUUUUCCAAGCUGUUUAAAGGCACAGUCAACUUAGUGUAUAUAAACUUCUGACCCACUGGAAUUGUGAUACAGUGAAUUAUAAGUGAAAUAAUCUGUCUGUAAACAAUUGUUGGAAAAAUGACUUGUGUCAUGCACAAAGUAGAUGUCCUAACCGACUUGCCAAAACUAUAGUUUGUUAAUAAGACAUUUGUGGAGUGGUUGAAAAACGAGUUUUAAUGACUCCAACCUAAGUGUAUGUAAACUUCCGACUUCAACUGUAUAAAAAUGUAAUACCGUAGUAUUUAUUUACUAUAGUUAAAAAAUGGUAGUGUUUUUUGCGGACUGUAGUGUUUUUGCGAACAUUACUGUAGUACUACAGUAUACUACAGUUGUGACGAGGUGUGAAAGAAGGAGUCAGGCGCAGGAGGUAAAAUACCGAAGUCCAGAGUUUAAUCCGUUUGCAUAAAUCAAACGCCCCAAGCGUCAAACGAAACUAUACAAGGGAAAACAUCCACCUUGGCAAUAACACAGUGAAAUGUAGCUCAACCGAGCUACACGCUCUCACAACAAAACAAUCACUCACAAAGACAAGGGGAACAGAGGGAACACUUAUACACAUACUAAUUAGGGGAAUGAGCACCAGGUGUGUGUGAUUGACAAGACAUGACAAGUGGAGUGAUGAGAAUGGGAUCGGCAGUUGCUAGUACUCCGGUGACGACGAAUGCCGAAGCCUGCCCGAACCAGGAGGGGGGGGGGGCAGCUUUGGCGGAAGUCGUGACAACAGUUUACUAUAGAAUUCUAUAGUAAGUACUGUAGUAUUUUUUCAUGCAGGUAAAGACAAACAUAAUUAAUUGUUUGGCACUUUGAAAUUAAGUAUUGGUGUAGGAGUGUUUGUUGGUGUUAUUUCUGCAUACUUUCUUUCCAAGCCCCAGAGGCUUGAAGGUCUGCCUUGUGCAGUCUGUCUGUUGCCAAGUUUUUGGUGUGGGAAUCAUUUAUUCAAAGCCUCAAAGGCUGUCAGUCCCAGGGACUAAUGAAAAUGAGAGUGGGGAUGACUGCGACAAGCCAGGGGAGGUACGAUACACACCUGGCAGACAACCCGGGGUUCACACUCCCACACACACACUGACUCCUCCCUCCCUCCCAUCCACCCAUGGAACUACAAUCACUUAUUUUGAGUGUUUGCAUCAUGGCCACUCUGCAGAAUAUCAUUGUGAGUCUCUCUCUCCUCUCUCCUUUUCUCUCCUUCAUCUCAGUCUUUCUCUCUUUCACCUGUAAGUGCUGCUAAAUCGCUGUUCUUGGUCACACUCCAAGUCCUAUGACUGGCCAGCAGGAGAAACAUCCUGCCGCAGCCUGUGAGGUGAGUAAUAUUGGCCAGGUGUUCUUGGCACAUGGAGCACUGUGCUGUCGAUCCUGAAUGGGGCAUCGAGCGGCUUCACUUUCCAGAUGUCUCAUUAAUAAUGACAGCUAACACACUCUCAGGGGGUUUGUUACUACUGUCUCAAGGUGAAUUGUCUUCAGGCAAAGAAAUAGCCAAUCCCUCUUUACCUUUCUUUCCCUCACGCUGGCUAUCAGUCUGUGAGACAUUAGUCAAUGUGAAAGGGAGUGGGGGUCACAGCAGAGAUAUGUAUUGUCUCUGGUUGAAAUGUGUGUGGGUUUUCACUGCAGAUGGUUUCCAAGUUAAUAUGGACGCCUGAACAGACGAUAGAUCUGAAGCAAGGCAAAGAUCACACAUUGCAGCUCAAUCUGUUAGAUGGAACAUUACCAUGGGCAUUUACAUAUGAUGAAUAAUACAAUUAUUUAAAUAUUUUGAUCAAAUGCAUACAUUGAAUUUAGUUAUACUUUAUUGUAUUCCCUUGGGGACUUUGUCUUGCAUCUCAUGAAAUAUACACAGAGUAUACCAAACAUUAGGAACACCUUCCUAAUAUUGAGUUGCACCCCCCCCCACACUCUACAAGGUGUCGAAAGCGUUCCACAGAGAUGCUGGCCCAUAUUGACUCCAAUGCUUCCCAAAGUUGUGUCAAGUUAGCUGGAUGUCCUUUGGGUGGUGGACCAUUCUUGAUACACAGGGGAAACUGUUGAGCGUGAAAAACCCAGUAGCGUUGUGGUUCUUGACACAAACCGCUGCGCCUGGCACCUACUUCCAUACCCCGUUCAAAGGCACUUAAAUAUUUUGUCUUGCCCAUUAACCAUCUGAAUAGCACACAUACACAAUCCUUGUCUCAAUUGUCUCAAGGAUUAAAAAUCCUUCUUUAACCUGUCUCCUCCCGUUCAUCUACACUGAUUGAAGUGGAUUUAACAAGUCAAAUCAAUAAGAGAUCACAGCUUUCACCUGGUCAGUCUAUGUCAUGGAUAGAGCAGGUGUUCUUAAUGUUUUUUAUGCUCAGUGUAAAUCAAUAUAGCCUCUUGAACAUCUAAUUAUCUGCAUAAGAAUGACCUAGAUACUUUUUUCCCUCAGAAUAAUGUAUUUUUUUCGUUUGGUAAAUGCAUCCAAAGUUGUUUACUUUAUUUGAGAAAGAAUAAGCAUCCUCCCUAGCUAUUCAGAGGAUACUACAGUUGAAGUCGGAAGUUUACAUACACCUUAGCCAAAUACAUUUAAACUCUGUUUUUUACAAUUCCUGACAUUUAAUCCUAGUAAAAAUUCCCUGUCUUCGGUCAGUUAGGAUCACCACUUUAUUUUAAGAAUGUGAAAUGUCAGAAUAAUAGAAGAGAGAAUGAUUUAUUUCAGCUUUUAUUUCUUUCAUCACAUUUCCAGUGGGUCAGAAGUUUACAUACACUCAAUUAGUAUUUGAUAGCAUUGCCUUUAAAUUGUUUAACUUGGGUCAAACAUUUCGGGUAGCCUUCCACAAGCUUCCCACAAUAAGUUGUGUGAAUUUUGGCCCAUUCCUCCUGACAGCUGGUGUAACUGAGUCAGGUUUGUAGGCCUCCUUGCUCGCACAUGCUUUUUCAGUUCUGCCCACACAUUUUCUAUAGGAUUGAGGUCAGGGCAUUGUGAUGGCCACUCCAAUACCUUGACUUUGUUGUCCUUAAGCCAUUUUGCCACAACUUUGGAAGUAUGCUUGGGGUCAUUGUCCAUUUGGAAGACCAAUUUGCGACCAAACUUUAACUUCCUGACUGAUGUCUUGAGAUGUUGCUUCAAUAUAUCCACAACAUUUUCCUUCCUCAUGAUGCCAUCUAUUUUGUGAAGUGCACCAGUCCCUCCUGCAGCAAAGCACCCCCACAGCAUGAUGCUGCCACCCCCGUGCUUCACGGUUGGGAUGGUGUUCUUCGGCUUGCAAGCGUCCCCCUUUUUCCUCCAAACAUAACGAUGGUCAUUAUGGCCAAACAGUUCUAUUUUUGUUUCAUCAGACCAGAGGACAUUUCUCCAAAAAGUACGGUCUUUGUCCCCAUGUGCAGUUGCAAACCGUAGUCUGGCUUUUUUAUGGUGGUUUUGGAGCAGUGGCUUCUUCCUUGCUGAGCGGCCUUUCAGGUUAUGUCGAUAUAGGACUCGUUUUACUGUGGAUAUAGAUACUUUUGUACCUGUUUCCUCCAGCAUCUUCACAAGGUCCUUUGCUGUUGUUCUGGGAUUGAUUUGCACUUUUCGCACCAAAGUACAUUCAUCUCUAGGAGACAGAAUGCGUCUCCUUCCUGAGCGGUAUGACGGCUACGUGGUCCCAUGGUGUUUAUACUUACGUACUAUUGUUUGUACAGAUGAACAUGGUACCUUCAGGCGUUUGGAAAUUGCUGAUGAACCAGACUUGUGGAGGUCUACAAAAAAAAAAUUCUGAGGUCUUGGCUGAUUUAUUUUGAUUUUCCCAUGAUGUCAAGCAAAGAGGCACUGAGUUUGAAGGUAGGCCUUGAAAUACACAGGUACACCUCCAAUUGACUCAAAUUAUGUCAAUUAGCCUAUCAGAAGCUUCUAAAGCCAUGACAUCAUUUUCUGGAAUUUCCCAAGCUGUUUAAAGGCACAGUCAACUUAGUGUAUGUAAACUUCUGACCCACUGGAAUUGUGAUACAGUGAAUUAUAAGUGAAAUAAUCUGUCUGUAAACAAUUGUUGGAAAAAUGACUUGUGUCAUGCACAAAGUAGAUGUCCUAACCGACUUGCCAAAACUAUAGUUUGUUAAAAAGAAAUGUGUGGAGUGGUUGAAAAACAAGUGUUAAUGACUCCAACCUAAGUGUAUGUAAACUUCCGACUUCAACUGUAGCUAUAUGUAAUGAUACAUUUACUGUACUGUACUGAAAAUACAAUACUUACAGUUCGCACCAGUGUAGGCUAAAGACUAUAACAGAUAGAAGACAGUUAUCCCAUACUCUGGAAUCUCCUACAGUGUCUUGCGAAAGUAUGCACCCCCCUUGGCAUUUAUCCAAGACAAAAAAACAGAAAACUUGAGCGUGCAUAACUAUUCACCCCCCCAGUCAAUACUUUGUAGAGCCACCGUUUGCAGCAAUUAUAGCCGCAAGUCUCUUGGGGUAUGUCUCUAUAAGCUUGGCACAUCUAGCCACUGGGAUUUUUGCCCAUUCUUCAAGCCAAAACUGCUCCAGCUCCUUCAAGUUGGAUGUGUUCCGCUGGUGUACAGCAAUCUCAAAUCAAAUCAAAAUAAAAUCAAAUUGUAUUGGUCACAUGCGCCGAAUACAACAGGUGCAGACAUUACAGUGAAAUGCUUACUUACAGCCCUUAACCAACAGUGCAUUUAUUUUAAACAAAAAAAGUAAGAAUAAAACAACAACAAAAAAAGUGUUGAGAAAAAAAGAGCAGAAGUAAAAUAAAAUAACAGUAGGGAGGCUAUAUAUACAGGGGGGUACCGGUGCAGAGUCAAUGUGCGGGGGUACCGGCUAGUUGAGGUAGUUGAAGUAAUAUGUACAUGUGGGUAGAGUUAAAGUGACUAUGCAUAAAUAAUUAACAGAGUAGCAGCAGCGUAAAAAGGAUGGGGUGGGGGGGCAGUGCAAAUAGUCCGGGUAGCCAUGAUUAGCUGUUCAGCAGUCUUAUGGCUUGGGGGUAGAAGCUGUUGAGAAGUCUUUUGGACCUAGACUUGGCACUCCGGUACUGCUUGCCGUGCGGUAGCAGAGAGAACAGUCUAUGACUAGGGUGGCUGGAGUCUUUGACAAUUUUGAGGGCCUUCCUCUGACACCGCCUGGUAUAGAGGUCCUGGAUGGCAGGAAGCUUGGCCCCAGUGAUGUACUGGGCCGUACGCACUACCCUCUGUAGUGCCUUGCGGUCGGAGGCCAAGCAGUUGCCAUACCAGGCGGUGAUGCAACCAGUCAGGAUGCUCUCGAUGGUGCAGCUGUAGAAUUGUUUGAGGAUCUGAGGACCCAUGCCAAAUCUUUUCAGUCUCCUGAGGGGGAGUAGGCUUUGUCGUGCCCUCUUCACGACUGUCUUGGUGUGUUUGGACCAUGAUAGUUCGUUGGUGAUGUGGACACCAAGGAACUUGAAGCUCUCAACCUGUUCCACUACAGCCCCGUCGAUGAGAAUGGGGGCGUGCUCAGUCCUCUUUUUUUUCCUGUAGUCCACAAUCAUCUCCUUUGUCUUGGUCACGUUGAGGGAGAGGUUGUUGUCCUGGCACCACACGGCCAGGUCUCUGACCUCCUCCCUAUAGGCUGUCUCAUCGUUGUCGUGAUCAGGCCUACCACUGUUGUGUCGUCGGCAAACUUAAUGAUGGUGUUGGAGUCGUGCCUGGCCAUGCAGUCAUGGGUGAACAGAGAGUACAGGAGGGGACUGAGCACGCACCCCUGAGGGGCCCCCGUGUUGAGGAUCAGUGUGGCAGAUGUGUUGUUACCUACCCUUACCACCUGGGGGCGGCCCGUCAGGAAGUCCAGGAUCCAGUUGCAGAGGGAGGUGUUUAGUCCCAGGAUCCUUAGCUUAGUGAUGAGCGUAGAGGGCACUAUGGUGUUGAAUGCUGAGCUGUAGUCAAUGAAUAGCAUUCCUCUUGUCCAGGUGGGAAAGGGCAGUGUGGAGUGCAAUAGAGAUUGCAUCAUCUGUGGAUCUGUUGGGGCGGUAUGCAAAUUGGAGUGGGUCUAGGGUUUCUGGGAUAAUGCUGUUGAUGUGAGCCAUGACCAGCCUUUCAAAGCACUUCAUGGCUACAGACAUCAGUGCUACGGGUCGGUAGUCAUUUAGGCAGGUUAUCUUAGAGUCCUUGGGCACGGGGACUAUGGUGGUCUGCUUGAAACAUGUUGGUAUUACAGACUCAGUCAGGGACAUGUUGAAAAUGUCAGUGAAGACACUUGCCAGUUGGUCAGCACAUGCUCGGAGUACACGUCCUGGUAAUCCGUCUGGCCCUGCAGCCUUGUGAAUGUUGACCUGCUUAAAAGUCUUACUCACAUCGGCUACGGAGAGCGUGAUCACAUAGUCAUCCGGAACAGCUGGUGCUCUCAUGCAUGCUUCAGUGUUGCUUGCCUCGAAGCGAGCAUAGAAGUGGUUUAGCUCGUCUGGUAGGCUUGUGUCACUGGGCAGCUCGCGGCUGUGCUUCCCUUUGUAGUCUGUUAUAGUUUUCAAGCCCUGCCACAUCCGUCGAGCGUCAGAGCCAGUGUAGUACGAUUCAAUCUUAGUCCUGUAUUGACUCUUUGCCUGUUUGAUGAUUCGUCGGAGGGCAUAGUGGGAUUUCUUAUAAGCGUCCGGGUUAGAGUCCCGUUCCUUGAAAGCGGCAGCUCUACCCUUUAGCUCAGUGCGGAUGUUUCCUGUAAUCCAUGGCUUCUGGUUGGGGUAUGUACCUACUGUCACUGUGGGGACGACAUCAUCGAUGCACUUAUUGAUGAAGCCAGUGACUGAUGUGGUGUACUCCUCAAUGCUGUCUGAAGAAUCCCGGAACAUGUUCCAGUCUGUGCUAGCAAAACAGUCCUGUAGCUUAGCAUCUGCGUCAUCUGACCACUUUUUUAUUAACCGAGUCACUGGUGCUUCCUGCUUUAUUUUUUGCUUAUAAGCAGGAAUCAGGAGGAUAGAGUUAUGGUCAGAUUUUCCAAAUGGAGGGCGAGGGAGAGCUUUGUAUGUCUCUGUGUGUGGAGUAAAGGUGGUCUAGAGUUUUUUUUCCUCUGGUUGCACAUUUAACAUGCUGGUAGAAAUUAGGUAGGUCAUACCACAGAUUCUCAAUUGGAUUGAGGUCUGGGCUUUGACUAGGCCAUUCCAAGACAUUUAAAUGUUUCCCCUUAAACCACUCGAGUGUUGCUUUAGCAGAAUGCUUAGGGUCAGAGUCCUGCUGGAAGGUGAACCUCCGUCCCAGUCUCAAAUCUCUGGAAGUCUGAAACAGGUUUCCCUCAAGAAUUUCCCUGUAUUUAGCGCCAUCCAUCAUUCCUUCCUUCUGACCAGUUUCCCAGUCCCUGCCGAUGAAAAACAUCCCCACAGCAUGAUGCUGCCACCACCAUGCUUCACUGUGGGGAUGGUGUUCUUGGGGUGAUGAGAGGUGUUGGGUUUGCGCCAGACAUAGCGUUUUCCUUGAAGGCCAAAAAGCUCAAUUUUAGUCUCAUCUGACCAGAGUACCUUCUUCCAUAUGUUUGGGGAGUCUCCCACAUGCCUUUUGGCGAAUACCAAACGUUUUUGCUUAUUUUUUUCUUUAAGCAAUGCCUUUUUUCUGGCCACUCUUCAGUAAAGCCCAGCUCUGUGGAGUGUACGGCUUAAAGUCGUCCUAUGGACAGAUACUCCAAUCUUGUUGGGCGGUUUUGGAUUUGUGAAAUGAGUUUCUCCAAAGGCUCUGACCCCAUCUCUAGGUAACAUUGUUACGCUGCUUUACCCUUUGAUGAAGCCCUCUGGACUUGUGUUCUGGCUAAAGCUGGGUGAAGCCUCUUACACCUCCUACACCAACUUCCUAUAGAAGACUUGUCCCUGAUUUAGAGCCUGAAUAUGACUUUUAGCCUCAACAAGCACAUUCUCCCAUUCUCAGGAGACCUGGUUGAGCUUGUCCUGUUUCUCUAAACACCCUGCUGGCUCAGAAGAGAGAGUUAAUGCAGGACAGAUACCUUUUUGUAUCAAAAUGGAAUAAUUGUAACAUACACCAGAUCGGAACAACAUGGAAUAAUUUAAACAUUCAUCUUUUUUUUAAAGACACCAACAUCCAUUUGUUUGUAACAGGCUGCAGUGUCAAGACAUUUCCAGUGGAUGUAGGUUGCAAAGUUCAUAGAAAAGAGUGCAUUAGAAUCUUUCUCUUCAGCCGUGUUGUUCCAGUAAUAAAUCAGUGCGGCUCUGUCUCUAUCUGUCUGCAGAGGGAACAGUGUGGCCUGGCCUGCCUGCUGACCUGCUGCCUCACACCACAUCUGAAUGCUUGGACGUGUUAGAGCUGAUCAAAGCUGACCAGCACAGACAGGAAAUGAAAGUGACACCUUGCUUUUAUGUAGGGUCUUCACAGAUAAGGCCAGACACUGAGCCUGUCUGGCAGCUGGCUGGGUAGACCAGAGGGUUUAAAAAACCCUGUCUCAGCAGCACAGGGGAUACUAGCGUGCCCACUCAACCAAAGCAGCAUCAUCCCACAGGAGGCUAAAGGACACCAUAUCCACACCAGCUAUAUCUGUUCAUCUUCUAUAUUUGCCAAGAAUGAAUUGUAUUAUUUGAUAUGCAGUACUUAGCAAUUGAAUCACCUCACUGGGGCUUGAUUAAAUCCACCUAUGAGCGUCUAGGGUCAGAAGGAUUGCACUGCACUGCACUGGGAUUGCAUUGUCAUAUCCAUUGACUCAUAACCAUUAGUUUGUGUUUUAUUUGCAUUUCCAUGCAGCUAGUACAGCUCCCCUUGAGGCUGAGAAGGGAGUGCACAAACAUCCCUCAACGGCCCCAAAGACUAGUAUGCCUCUCAAUUGGCUUUCUGCUGAGUUAGUGAACCAUUUUAACUGCCUUACACGCUUGCUAACUGGUUGAUGGCUGACAUGAAAUAUCAUCCUGUCACAUAGAUAAAUACUGCUUGGAGCAGGCAGGGUUGUGGUGGAGGGGUUGCGUGUCCUUGUCACUCUUUCUUGUAGUGAGUGGAGUGAGAGGCUGUCUGCUCCACAGGUGGUUGGUGGCACCUUAAUUGGGGAGGACUGACUCAUAGUAAUGGCUGGAACAGAAUGAAAGGAAUGGUAUCAAACUCAUGGUUUCCAUUUGUGUUUGAUACCACUCCAUUCACCUCAUUCCAGCCAUUAUCAUAAGCCAUCCUAUCCUCACCAGCCUCAUGUGGUCUUCUCACAUGCAAGGUCACCUGUCAGAGAUAGAGAGGAGAGGCGUCUGAGCUCCAGCACUCCACUGUGUCUCCAGAUGGCUCAGACAGACACCUGCACUCACUUCCCCACCUGCCACCACCCACCACCCGCCUUAAAACAGUACAGUACUGCCACCACCCACCUUAACACAGUACAGUUCUGCCACCACCCACCCCCCACCACCUGCCUUAACACAGUAGAGUACUGCCACCACCCACCUUAACACCGUACAGUACUGCAGAGUGCCUGCUCUGCUAACAAGAAGGCUGCUUGCUGUAUCCUCUGUGGCAGGUCUGGACAGUGUCUUAUGGAGAGGCAGUGGCAGGCUGAGGCUUUGUGGCACCCCAGGCCCGGGGUUGAGUGGGGCUCUGUGUUUCCAUCCCAGUGACGUGCUAAUGAUGCAGGCUCCUGCUAGACCUGCUGCCUGAUGAGGGGCUUUGUCUGUGUGGCCGUGUGAAGUGGAAGUGACGACUUGUGACACACUCAACGGGGUGGCAGAGAAGGAGAAAGAGAGUACACUUGACAGAGCUGAAGCACCUUGACACAGGACAGUCACGACACACACACACAGUCUGGAGGGUUGUUUCGGGGUCUGUUGCAUUGCUGCAGUACAAUAUCUGGCAGGUACCCCAAGACUAACUCAAUUUGAGAACGUAUGUUUUUUUUGGGGGUCUUUGUUACCACCAUAACUGCACAAGUAGCUGCAUUGUAACUGGCCGCUACCUUGUCUUGUUUGGCAGCCUGUCUUAGGAGGACUGAGUCAUUGAGGGCUGCUCUGCAGUAUUCACAUUGUAAGCUUGCCUGGGUAAGAGAAAGUGAGACAUCCUCAUUUCAUUCCACUCUAGCAGAGAAGCUCUCUGCAUAUCAUCAACCCUCCCCCGCCAGCCUCUUGCUCUCCUCCCAACCACCUGUACCUUUUCAUCCUUUGUUCAUCCAUCACGUCAGCUAGAGAGAGAAGGCUGCUGCUGUAGGGAUUCUAGGUUACUUACCAGCACCAUGGCUCCCUUAUAGCUAAGCUCUGCAUUAUUAUGUCAAAACUGUACAGUGGCUCAGCAGUAUAGAAAUUAUCUUUGUUAAAGUGAUCUGGGUAAUUAAGUUUGAGGGAGCUUGGGUGGGAUAGGAUGGUGAGGAGUAGUAUGUUGUAGCCAGUAACAUUCUCAAGCCAGCUACUGAUACCACACUGUCAUCAUCAUUACAUAGCUCUGUGAUCCCAGACGAAUUAGUGACAUGCUGGUAUAACAGUAUCUCAGUACGAUGUAUAUUUUAUUACUUUGUGAACAUAUUUGCUGAUACUGUAUGCAUGUCAUCCAUAUGUUUCAGGGGUCCUAAUUGGUACAUACCUAGAGAUUGUAUUUUCACUACUUCACAACAGAUCUUUGACCUAGAUGUUUCAUCUCAUCGAGACCCUCCUAGUUCUGUGUGUUCUCUCAUAACUGUAUCGGGUUAAUUGUUUGUGAAGGCCUUUUUCAGGAGAUGAAAGUUAUAUUUCCUUUCAAGCUGCGCUAGUGGGGUUUAUGGAAAACAUCAAACAUACCUCAAUUACUUUAUUGCCUGUAUACAGUUGCAGCACAUAAUGGAAUAUGUAUUGUUUAUUCACUGCGUUCACUGAUAUACAAUAUUCGCAUAGAGAAUGUGUCCAGGAUAAUAAAUCAAUUUAAGUGCAAACUGAUGUACAGCCCAAUAAACAUUUAGUUAGAAAUUAGGUCGAUGAACUGUACCAAAUGGCUAUAUAUCCCACAGCAGUAAAAUGGAAAAGCUUGUCUAUGUCAAACCCUGAUUUAGGAAAGGUACAGCUAUAAUAAAUCUUAUGUUAUGAUAUAUUAGUGAGAAAAAGAGUGCACCUGACCCAGCACCACAGUGUUUGCCACUGGCCAGUCAGUUUGGCUGCUGUACAGAUGUAGGAUCUUAAUUUGAUCACCCUGUUGCAGGCAAACUUGUAGUGUACAGUAUUUCAGGUUUAAAAAGGCUUCUGAAGUUUUCCCUUAUGAAAAAUGUAGUAACCCCUACAAAAUUGUCCAGUAAUUAUAAUCCACAAAUAAUUCACAUUUCCUGUUGCUGCAAGAUAAUUUUCCUGCUGUAGCAAACUGCCUCAAAUUAAGAUCCUACAUCUGUAAUAAAACAAAUACAUUUACAUUUACAUUUACGUCAUUUAGCAGACGCUCUUAUCCAGAGCGACUUACAAUACUACUCAGCUAGCUAGCAUUCAGCAGCCUCACAGUGUACCUGUUACUGGCCUCUCUCCCUCUGUAGUUACAGGAAAUCAUGGAGCUAUUUUUAAUAAGCUCAGGGUGGCCCGGGGGGAAUUGGAGAAGCUUGUCAAUUGUUAGGAUACAUAAUGGACCUGUAUCUAGAGGCAUACAGGGGCUUAUCAUCAACCUGUCUAGUGCAGCACUAGUGAGAGCAUGAGUGCUGGGUAAUGUGGACAACAAGAGUGUUGUCUAAGAUCAGGAUGGUGGCCAAUGAGUGACAGGGUGGAAAAUGUGAAAGAUUAGUCAGAGAGUUGGUGACUAGCCAGGAGUGACAGGAGGGGAAAGGGAAGGCUGGCGUCAGUGGGAGAUGAGAGGACAGGGGGCAGUCCUGCUAGCACUCUGCUCUGUGAGGACCUGUCUUCAGCUGAAGACCAAAACAACCCUAUUAAAGAGAGUGAUAGAAUGAUAGACUCUGUCAGGGAGGGAACAGAUCUUCAGGAAGCCACAAAGUUUUCCACAACUAGAGGAAUAAGAGUCUUAACAGUUUAAUUCACCCUGAACUCACCUUUCCAUGUGUGAGCUAGGGUUAGAGUCCCACAGUGAGGCUUGGCACAGUGAUACAUGACACAGCCACGUUUCCACACCCAAUGGGACCGCUGUUGUGUUGGGCAAGGACAGCUGGAGGAUGUCAUGAGGAGGGGGAGGAGGAUGGGAUGGGGGAGAGGAGAGGAGAGACUUAGGGGGAAGGGAGAGACCACUGCCAAAGGCACAUAGGGUCAGACAGGAAGUGACCACUCUCUCUUGCCGUUUCCUGUCAGGAAGAGCAUAGAGGGUCGGCUGGGUCGCACGGAGAGCAUCAACAACUCAGCCUCAGUCUUUGGGCUGGAAACAUUAUAUAUACAACAGUAAAUUAGUGCAUGAGACAGACAGCCAUAUCAGGUGCUGUGAGGUUGUUUGUGCUGUAUGUGAGUGGAGCUUCCAGUUAUGGUUCCAUGUGAUUACUGUACUGCUCUGACCUUCACUCUCUCCUCUCUCAUCAUAGAAAUACGCACAGUAGACCAGAUACAGUCCCUCAGCUAGAGGGUUAGCUCUUGUCUGUUCGACAUUCCCAUGUUUCUUCUUUUGACAGGUUAUAUCCUGGGGUUUAUAUGUGAGGUAUAUGAUUAAUGGUCUGGAUUUCUCAUGGGAAUGUCAUGGCCCUACAUCAUAUCCUGUUGAAGUAAUUAGCUGUAAUAACCAGGGUAACAUGAUUUCCAAUCAAACCUCCGUUUGGGCAUGUCACCGUUUAUAGAAUAUAUUUUAGCAAUGUUGUGUAUGUUCUCUACAUUAGCUUCCAUUAGGGCAUAUGAAUACCUAAUUGGCUCUUAAAGGAAGGUAAUGUUUAUAGGGUCCUAUAAAAUCUGGGAUACAGAACGCGGUCAGAAUCCAGACAUUAAAACGGAAUUCAACAAAAUUCAAAAAUGCAUUGAACUUAGUAGGGAAUCAACUAAAUGUAUUGAAAAUGAAUUCAUUUGCAAAAGUUUAUCAUAAGACAUGAACACUAACGCAUCAGUGAUUCGUAUUUCCUGCAACUUUCUGAAGAGGCAACAAGAAUUCCCCAUCUGUGUAUGUGUGAUGCGCACAUCUACCAUUUUGUGUAGCAGUUAGUGAUGACGCUAAUGAAAAGUCUUCUGGUAGAUGGAAAGGCUUUCCCGAAAACCUUCACAAUUAAAUGUUAACUACAAAGUAGCUUAUGCUUACCUGGCAGAAUGAUAUCAUGAUUAUUUAUGUCAAUCCAGUUGGUAUUUGUUUUGCAAACUCUACCAACAACAUGUGCGCUACAAAAACACCCACUAAAAAACAGCCUGGAAUUAAAGGGUUACUACACCCAAAAAUGUAAAAAAAAAAAAAAAAAAAAGAUACCCAGACCUCAAAGUGGUCUUCUGAUGUAGCAUAAGCGUUGUUGUUUAAAAAUAAAUAAAUUUAAAGUGUGGUUUUUGAGAGUGAAAACCUGAAAAAAACAGGGAAAUGGAAACCUGGAAAAACAAACAAAGAAAAAUAAACUUUGGAAUUUUAUUUACUGAAUCAGGCAAAAAAUAAAACAGAUUUUUAUAGGGCCCUAUGUUUAUCUUUCCUUGCUGAAGCUGAAUUGAUGCCCAGCAAAUAAGUCUCCACACAAUCAAAUAUUUAUAAGUCUAGUGUUAACUCACCGUUUAACAAGAGAGUGUGGCGCUGCUGCACAUCCAUUGAUUGGGUCUGAGACAUGAGAACACACACACACACACACACAUACACACACAGCCUAACAGGGAGAAAGAGAGCGUGUUUGUCUGUUGCAUGUUAAUGAAUCCCACAGGAGAGAACACUAAGUGAUAAAAGCCUACUCUGUAGAGAAGCUGUUCACCAUUAAAGUGCACUCCGUCUCAUCCUCUAUCCCCACCUGAGGCUCUGGGUAUACUACUGUAAAUCAACAUGCUAGAUGAGUAAUGGUAGUCAGGAGUGAAACAGUGAAUAAGUGAUGCAGUGAGUGAGCUCAUUGAAUGGAUGAAACAGUGGUAGCUAUGAGUGAGUGAGUGUAAAUUGGUGAGUUUUAUCCUAACAUCAGGCAUGGGAAGUAAUGCGUGAGGGAGAGAGUGAAGAGAGUGUGUGUGGAUGAAAUUGAAAGUCAAUCAAUAGGCCACUGAGGCAGGGAGAAUGAAUGAAGGAAUGGAUGACUGACUGCCUGGGGAGGUGAGUGAGAGAGGCAGCUGGCUGUGUGUCUGUGUGCAGAGGUUAUCAUGCAGCCUUCCAAAUGAAAUGAGCCUCCAAGCCAAGUCCUUUAGCACCGUUUGCGGCAGGGAUUCAAGGUCAGCGCUGCUGAUUCUGCUGAUGCGUUUUAUUCUCUGGUGCCAGUGAUGCUAUGCUGUAUGGCAGCCUUUUUUACGCCAGCCUUUCCCCCCACCACACACAUGUCCUUCUUCCAUUAUCACCCCGGUGCUCCACUGCAAGGGAGUGUGCAUUUAGCCGUUACAUUUAAAUGGGGGAAGGGUGGUGGUGGUCCUAGCCGUAGAGCCUGUAUACCCUUGCUGGUGUGCCGCGUAGCAGGCAGGAGAUGGAUGGGGAGAUGUGUCCUGACUUCCCAUGUGACCACAGUAAUUGUGUUAUAAUGGAGGUGGGGGCUGAGUGGCCAUCAGCAGGAGGGCAGAGGUACACAUCCGUCUCCCCCUCCCCUUCUUCUUUCUCAACACAGAGACAUGAAGAAAAUUAUCAUUUUCACGUAUUAGAAUCUGGGUUACUUUUUGAUUUUGAAGUAUGCUUGGCCAAUUUAUUCAAUGAGUUAUACAUUUAAAUGCAUGAAUCAUCUACGGUAGUUCCCUCUCUUCUGACCUCCUAUCCUCUCUCUUUCUCCCUCCAGGCACCAUGAGGCCGGUCCACAGGAACUUCUAUGAGCCGUCGUCAGCCCCGGGGAAGGGUGUGGUGUGGGAGUGGGAGAACGACAGCGGCUCCUGGACGCCUUACGACAUGGAGAUCUGUGUGACCAUCCAGAACGCCUAUGAGAAGCAGCACCCCUGGCUGGACCUGACCUCUCUGGGCUUCUGCUACCUCAUUGACUUCAACAGCAUGGCCCAGACCAACCGGCAGAGCCAGAGGAAACGCCGCCUGCGCCGACGCAUGGACCUGGCCUACCCUCUCAUCAUGGGCUCCAUCCCCAAGUCCCAGUCUUGGCCUGUGGGCGCCAGCUCCGGCCAACCCUGCUCCUGCCAGCAGUGCAUUCUAGUCAACAGCACGCGGGCCGCCUCCAACGCCAUCCUGGCCUCUCAGCGCCGUAAGCUGUACGGGGGGGCCACAGGAGCCACAGGGGCCACAGGCACGCCCACUGUGGUGCGGCAGAGUAACACCUUCGCCGGAACCACCCUCUGGUCCCCUACCUCCGGUGCCGGGAGCAACAAUAUACAGCAUAACAACAUAAGUGCAGGAGGUGGCCAAGCUAAAGCUGAACAGGUGCAGUCGCCCCUGUCUAGUGCCAACUUCCCCUGUUCCCCAGCACUGCCGUCCCUUCCACCCGCACAUGGCCACUCCCACACCCAUGCACACUCCCACGGCCACCAUGUCAUCAUCAACGGGCAGAACAACCUGAACCGGCCGGGCACCCAGCGCAUUUCCAUGGGCACUGCUAGAGGAGCCAUCCCACCAGGGUAACCAUGACAUCAAUGAUUCAUUUUGAUCACAUUCCACUAUAGAUUUGCAAACCAAAACCACAUCACUUUUAAUAUGAACAUUAGAAUAACACACAAGCAGUAGGAACAUAACAAAAGCACAUUCAAUUAGUCUAUAGAUUGCUUUUUCAAUGAGAUGACAAUAGAUGAAAGUAUAAAAGGAAAAAAAGAACACCAUCUCGCUCUGUCUGUCUACCUGUCUACUGUGCCAUACAGCUUUACAACACCUCUGCUGACAUAUACAGUGCAUGUGUCUGGUGCAUUGUGUUGUGUUGGAUCACAUUAUGUCUCUUUGUCUCUCUCUCGCUCUCUUUCUCUCUCUCUCUCUUUUCUCUCUCUCUCUUUUCUAUCUCUAUGUUGUGUGUCUGCUGAUUUACUGCACCUCUUGUUAACUGGGUGAUCAAUGGCUCUGCAGAGGGAGCUCCAGGUCCUGGGUGCAUUGACAGCUCUACUGCCUCAGCUGCCUCUCUCUUCUCUUUCUUCUCUCUCUCCUCUUCUCUCUCCUCUUAUCUCCUCUCUCCUCUUAUCUCUCCUCUUAUCUCUCCUCUUAUCUCCUCUCUCCUCUUAUCUCUCCUCCACUCUCGCUUCUCUCGUCUGCUCUUUCUCCUGUUUCAUCUCUUCUCUCUACUCCUCUCUCAUCUCUCUGCACUGGGGAGUGUGGGGAACUGUUCUGCUCUACAUUUGAAUCUUAGCAUGGUUGUCCUGGAUAUCAAGCUUACACUUGCCUCAGUAGACUCCGAAUAGUUUUCUGCUCCAUGCCUCUAAUUUUACCCAGUUAAUUUUUACCACACAGUAAGCUAUGUGUCAUUUUAUUCUAUGCUGAACACUGUAUGUGUGUUUUGGGGUGGUUGUUCUGUUGUUUGUGUGUGUGAAGGUGUGUUCUUGUGGGAGUGUAAGCCUGUGUGUGUGCAUGUGUAAAGCUGUGCACCCAUGUAGCUGUGGAAACCCAUUUGCCAUGGAGGCAGAGAUACACUGGGGAGAGAUGAAUAAUGGAUGAAGGAAAAAUGGGAGCUUGAGCAGAGCGAUCUGACCCGAGAGCAAUUUAGUGAAGGGAACUAAAGGAAAGUAGUGUCUAGAACUGUAACCAAUACCGCAGUUCCUAUCCUGUUUUCUUUACUCAAAUAAACCCUCUGGUGAUCUCAUUUCAUUCCAUUUCCCUUUCACAGUUAAUGGGGAGAGACACAGUUAGACAGUAUAUAUUGAAAUGAUACUGUCCUUCAGGCAGACACACUGACUUCACAAGGCCUGGUUCUGUGUAAGAGAAUGUGUGAUGUUGGCAGUUCAUGGCAGCACAUUACUGAGUGGAUAGGUGGCAGCUGGAAACCUGAACAUGUGAAACAGGCAAUAGUGUAUUAUUGUGUGUGUGUGUGUGACAGCUGAGAACCCCUGUAGUGAUUUUUAAGGGUCCUAUCAAAUCAGAGGGCUGGAGUGGAUGGAGUGCUCGUUUCUCACCUCUCUGUGCAGUAGGCGGGAGGGAGCUGUGAGAGGCUGUAGGAGAAGACUGUGAGAAAAAUGGAGAGAGACAGAGCGAGAAAGAGAAAGUGUUGAGGUGGAGAACAACAUUUCCCAUGCGAGUGGCUCUACACACACAGGAUGAGUGUGGUUAACAACAACACACACGAGGACACAGACACGUGAACACCCAAACACAUUCCCACAAGUGCAUUGCAGACAGAUAACACAGAAACCCACGCAGAAUAAAAACAUUUCAAGUUUGUUUUUCACACACCCACACCCAAAUAUCACCUGUUUUACACACCCUAUAAUAUAACUACCUCAUAAACACACUGCGUCUUUUCUGUUCUCUGUGCUGAUUUUGAAACACACUCAUUCAGGGUGGAUGGUGCGAACUGGCUGAAAUGAAAACAUGCCUCUUUUCUGAUGUGGCAGUAAUUCUCUCCAUAGUAAAUGUUCAAAAAACAUGUUCCACUCUGCAGCACUGUGUAGGAUGAAUUUCACACAUGCCGGUAGUAGGCAGGUGCUAUAUUACACAUUCAUCCACAUUGUAAGUUAUCACCGAUGACAAAGAAUGCAGUUGAACUAGUAACCUUGUGAUAACAUCAAAUCAAAUCAAAUCAAAUUUUAUUGGUCACAUGCGCCGAAUACAACAGGUGCAGACAUUACAGUGAAAUGCUUACUUACAGCCCUUAACCAACAGUGCAUUUAUUUUAAACAAAAAAAGUAAGAAUAAAACAACAACAAAAAAAGUGUUGAGAAAAAAAGAGCAGAAGUAAAAUAAAGUGACAGUAGGGAGGCUAUAUAUACAGGGGGGUACCGUUGCAGAGUCAAUGUGCGGGGGCACCGGCUAGUUGAGGUAGUUGAGGUAAUAUGUACAUGUGGGUAGAGUUAAAGUGACUAUGCAUAAAUACUUAACAGAGUAGCAGCAGCGUAAAAAGGAUGGGGUGGGGGGGCAGUGCAAAUAGUCCGGGUAGCCAUGAUUAGCUGUUCAGGAGUCUUAUGGCUUGGGGGUAGAAGCUGUUAAGAAGUCUUUUGGACCUAGACUUGGCACUCCGGUACCGCUUGCCGUGCGGUAGCAGAGAGAACAGUCUAUGACUAGGGUGGCUGGAGUCUUUGACAAUUUUGAGGGCCUUCCUCUGACACCGCCUGGUAUAGAGGUCCUGGAUGGCAGGAAGCUUUGCCCCAGUGAUGUACUGGGCCGUACGCACUACCCUCUGUAGUGCCUUGCGGUCAGAGGCCAAGCAGUUGCCAUACCAGGCGGUGAUGCAACCAGUCAGGAUGCUCUCGAUGGUGCAGCUGUAGAAUUUUUUGAGGAUCUGAGGACCCAUGCCAAAUCUUUUUAGUCUCCUGAGGGGGAAUAGGCUUUGUCGUGCCCUCUUCACGACUGUCUUGGUGUGUUUGGACCAUGAUAGUUCGUUGGUGAUGUGGACACCAAGGAACUUGAAGCUCUCAACCUGUUCCACUACAGCCCCGUCGAUGAGAAUGGGGGCGUAUAAACAUGUAGAUGUUUAUAAGGUAGUUUAAUGAGCUAGUUUAUGACUGGAUAAUUUUAGGCUUAGUCUCACUCUCCUCGAACAUGGUUGUUGUAAUGUAGUCAUGAUUAUCAGAGGUGGAGUAAAGAGCUUGCCUGGCUACCCAGACUCCUUGCUCCGGCCAAACGCUAUGCCAUGCCCAGGGAUGUUAGUUUCUUGAGUCUGGAUCUGAGAACCUCCCCGACCCUUCACCGAAUGCGAACGCAUUCGGGGUGGUCUGAUUGGUCCAGAAACCGAUGGGUUGGGCCAGAGCCAGAACACAGGUGGGUAAAGCGGCAGUUUAAAAGGUCGUCAUUGGCUUUGAUAUUCUGAUUGGUUAGAGACAAUCCAAUUGCUGAUGACGUUGCGCCUCGUCACCACAAAUGACUUCAGUGAUGGCAGUCUCAGACUAAAGUAUGCAGCGAACGACAGAGCAACGGAAUAAUUUGUAUUUAUAUAUAUUUAUAUAUAUAUAUUUUUAGGGGUAUAUCAGCUUUAAUAUUUCAGAUAGAUUGUGGAUUCAAGCAAUAUAAUUGUCUGCAUCAUUUCCAAUCCCCCACAUAUAUUUUUUUGUAAAUCUAUAUAUUAUUGUAAAUAUUUUUAAAAUAUAUUUCCCUUUAUUAUUUUUCCCCUAACCCUACCCCCUAAUUGGAGUAAACUAAUGGACAACAAUACUUAGGCUUCUACUUCCAGCUUAUACAUACUAUAUACAGUGCAUUCGGAUAGUAUUCAGACCCCUUGACUUUUUCCACAUUUUGUUACGUUACUGUCUUAUUAUCAAAUGGAUUAAAUAAAACAUUUUCCUCAUCAAUCUACACACAAUACCCCAUAAUGUAUUUACAUAAGUAUUCAGACCCUUUGCUAUGAGACUCGAAAUUGAGCUCAGGUGCAUCCUGUUUCCAUUGAUCAUCCUUGAGAUGUUUCUACAACUUGAUUGGAGUCCACCUGUGGUAAAUUCAAUUGAUUGGACAUGAUUUGGAAAGGCACACACCUGUCUAUAUAAGGUUCCACAGUUGACAGUGCUUGUUAGAGCAAAAACCAAGCCAUGAGGUCGAGGGAAUUGUCCGUAGAGCUCCGAGACAGGAUUGUGUCGAGGCACAGAUCUGGGGAAGGGUACCAAAACAUUUCUGCAGCAUUGAAGGUCCCUAAGAGCACAGUGGCCUCCAUCAUUCUUAAAUGGAAGAAGUUUGGAACCACCAAGACUCUUCCUAGAGCUGGCCGCCCGGCCAAACUGAGCAAUUGGGGGAGAAGGGCCUUGGUCAGUUUGGAAUCCGGCGUCGUUUUGUGUAUCAGUUCAUAAACCAUGUGCCAUGUACAUCGUUAAUCUCCUCUCAACUAUUUUGCAACCUGUAUGGCGCUGAUGCGAAUUUUUUGGUCCUUAAAUUAAACGGGAUACUUUUUUAUUUAUCACAAUUUUCUUUAUCCUAUUUUGGUCUUUAAUGCAGGGCCGACAGACAAGUUCCUUACCUUCUCCCCUUUCCAAUUGCCUCCUCCAUUUCUGCAGUAAUGCUGCAGUCAGUUGGUUGUAAUAUUGGAUAGAGGAGACAUUUCCAUAUAUUUUUGUGAACUGCAUGUGUGACACAACUCCACCAGUCCUAUUAAUGAUUUAAUUUACAAAGAUUAUACCAUUUUAAAACAUUUUUCCAAAAUAUAUUGUAUUUUUUAUCAAUUAGUAUAUUUGAGUUUAACCAUAAUAUUUCUUUUAAUAUUUGUUCUGUAUUUUCUGGUGGAUGAAACUGAAAUUGCAACCAUAUUUCUAUAGCUUGUUAUAAAAAUAGCGAUAUUUUGGAGAUAAUUUCAUUUUCAAAUAACUGAAAUUGAGAGGUUGUAAUCUGAAUGGCCAUUCUUGAACACGGGGUGAGCUAUACUUACUGAUGUGCUAGAGAACCUGUUCGGAUUUAAGUAUGUUUUUUGUAUGACUGAAGCCUUUAGUGAGAGGUCCAAUGCUUUAAUAUUUAAUCAUUUCUGCCCUCCGAAUUCAUAUUCUUUAUAUAAAUAGGCCUGUUUAAUUUUGUCUGGCUUGGCGUUCCAAAUAAAGUGAAAUAUUUUUUGCUCAUAUCAUUUAAAAAACAAGUCGUUAGGUGUAGGUAGGGCCAUAAGUAAAUAGGUAAACUGGGAUAUGCCUAAAGAAUGAAUCAGGGUGAUUUUUCCACAAAUAGACAGGUGUUAUCCUUGGUAAACUAUACAGAUCCAAUACGUAAUAUGGUGCACUUAUCAUACUUUGGUUUUAAUGCAGAGAGGUUAGACAAAUUAUCUAGAUCCUCUAUGAGGCUGUGCAGGGAUCCAAAUUGCGGAUUUCAAAGAAAACAUGAAUUGUCAGCAUACAAUGACACCUUUGUUUUUAAGUCCUGGAUUUCUAGCCCCUUGAUAUUAUUGUUGGAUCUGAUUUUAAUAGCUAACAUUUGAUGGCCAUAAUAAAUAGAUAUGCCGAUAGUGGACAACCUUGUUUUACUCCUCUUGACACUUUAAAACUUUCUGAGAAAUAGCCAUUAUUUACUAUUUUACACCUAUGGUUACUAUACAUGAUUCUAACCCAUUUUAUAAGAGAUUCUCCUAAAUUGAAAUGCUCCAGGCAUUUAUAUAUAAACUCCAGUCGUACUUUAUCAAAUGCCAUUUCAAAGUCUGCUAUGAAUAGCAGGCCUGGUUUCCUAGAUUUUUCAUAGUGUUCUAUUGUUUCCAGUACUUGUCUUAUAUUAUCGCCAAUGUAUCGUCCAUGUAAAAAAAACAGUCUGAUUAGGAUGAAUAAUAUCCGACAAUACCUUUUUAAUUCUAUGCGCUAUGCAUUUUGCUAGGAUUUUGGCAUCACAACACUGAAGUGUAAGUGUUCUCCAGUUUUUUUAGGUGGACUGGAUCUUUAUAUUUACCACUUGGGUCCUGUUUCAGUAAUAAUGAAAUCAGACCUUCUUGCUGAGUAUCUGAUAGUCUACCAUUUUUAUAGGAGUGGUUAAAACAUGUUGAUAACAGACCUUUGAUAUACCUCAACUGGUAUGCCAUCCAGCCCUGGAGUUUUCCCAUACUUGAAGGCUUUAAUUGCCUUCACAUGAAGCCUUCACAUGAGUCUUUCUGUAUAGCUGUUAAUUUUACACUAUUAAUAGAAAAAAAAUCCUUACAAUUAACUUUAGUUAGUGGAGAUGGAUGAGACUGAAAUGAAAACAUAUGCUUAAAGUACUUUGCUUCCUCUUUCAAAAUAUUGUUUGGUGAAUCAUGGAUGACUCCGUCAUUUGUAACAUGUUUCUGUAAAUAGUUUUUGGUAGCAUUUCUAUAUUGAAGAGUAAAACAUUAUUUGGUGCAUUUUUCCACAUAUUCCAUCCUGUUCGCUUAAUUUUUUUAUAAUAUAUUACACUCAAUCUUUCUUGAGUAAGUUCCUCCAUUUCUUUUAGUUUUUUCCGUCUAACGUAUUCUUUUUUUUCCUCAAUUUCCUUUGUUAAGACAAACUCUUUUGACCUAAAUUGUUUUAGUUUUAAAGAUGAGUGUUGAAUUCCAUGUCCUCUAAAGGCACAUUUAAAAGGGUCCCAUACAAUAAGGGAAUCUGCUGUACCUAUGUUAUGUAGGAAAAAGUCAGUUAUACAUUAUUCUGUCCUGGUUAAAAACAAGUUGUCAUCCAGUAGGCUUUGAUUAAAUUUCCAAUAUCCUCGCCCUUGCGGAAAUUCUGUAAGAGUAAUGUGUAUACCAAUUAUUUGAUGGUCCAACCACAUUCUGUCCCCUAUUAACACUUUUUAAACUUUUGGUGCCAGCGAAAAUGACAUAAGAAAGUAGUCAAGACGACUAGCUUGAUUGAGCCUCCGCCAUGUAUAUCUCACUAGGUCAGGAUAUUUAAGCCUCCAUAUAUCCACUAGUUCCAAUAUAUCCAUAAUAUUUGUAAUUUCCUUAAAUACAUGAGGGUGAUAGUUUGUAGUGUGAUUUCCUUUACGGUCCAUUGAGGUACUUAAAACCGUAUUACAAUCUCCCACCAUAAUAAUUGAGUCAUAAAUUAAGCUUGAUAAAUUAUUAUAUAUAUUUUCAAAGAAGCGUGGAUCAUCAUUAUUUGGACCAUAUAGAUUAAUGAGCCAAAUAUGUUUAUGGUCCAAUUGCAUAUUUAAAAGGAUCCACCUUCCUUGCGUAUCUGUUUGAACUGUUUGCACAUUCGGAUCAAAAUGAUUGUUAAUUAAUAUCAUCACCCCUUUCGAGUUUCUUUGCCUAUGGGAGAAAUAUAUUUCGUCCCCCCAGUCCCUUUUCCAUACAACUUCGUCUAAAGGUGUAGAAUGAGUUUCCUGUAAACAAUAUAUAUUAUAUUCCUUCUCUUUUAGCAGGUAAAUAUUGAUCGUCUUUUCUUAUUAUCUGCUAAGCCAUUACAAUUAUAACUGGUUAUACUUAUUUCACCACCUACCGUAAUGAGAUACAAGUUUUCAUUAUACUUAGCAUAAUAUAUGUUUGUAAACUUACCAUUAAGAAGUACCAUGAUAAUUGAAUGUCCAUAUAACUGUAGCAUGAUAUUUGCACUGUUAAGCAUACUGUAGCUGCGACUAAGUAAACCUCUAAUUGUCCUCCAAUAUUCCACCCGCUAAAUCCUCUCCCCCAUCUCAAGUUGGGUUGUCGUCCCAGUGACUGGCUGACCCCCCCUGUAGACAUGGAUCCUAGGGCCUUUAAGAGAUAGGGGCCCAUCCUUUAAAAAGAGCACAUGGUGCCACCUACAGUACAGAACCAGAUUCGCAGUGGAAGAAUUUUGUGCGAGUCUUCAGGCUAGUAAAGACCACCACCUACUGGUCUGGCCUGGCAUGUCACAUUUGCUUUUCAUAUUGGGUUUCCAUGGUUUUCAUCUGCAAUUCACUUUCCAACUGGCCUUUACUUUUGAUCUUCUGUACCUAAAUCAGAAAUGUCAGAACUUGUAUCAGUAAAAACAAUCUCAAAGCUACGAACAUAUUCAUCCAAAGGAAGAAGAAAGUGGAAUUGAAUAGAUGUUAGUGUUCCAACAAGGCCUUUGAUUCUCUGCCUAUUUGGAGUGUAUAAUGCACUCCUCUUAUGAACAUUUCCUCUGUUAUCAUACCAAGAUGUUAUACUCAAAACUUGCCAUAUAUCUGGACAUUGAGUUUCCUAGGGAGUUUGACAGUUACAGUAAAGGACAGAGAGGCAGUUUGCAGCUGAUUUUUUAGUAAUUUCAACAUCAGCAACCCACUUCCUCAUCUCAACUUUCUCAAUUCACUUCCGCAGUCUAAGGUUUUGUGCUGUCGGACAGGAAAUGUUAGUUUUACUUUAUCCGUGUAUGUACUAAAGAUGGCUGCGGGGGAUACAUGGUAAGAGAGAUCGUUUCUACUUGCACUACUAGCUUGUUUGAUAAUGAGACAGUGAAUAGGGCGGCAGGUAGCUUAGUGGUUAAGAGCGUUGUGCCAGUAACCGAAAGGUCGCUGGUUCUAAUCCCCGAGCCGACUAGGUGAAAAUUCUGUCGAUGUGCCAUUGAGCAAGGCACUUAACCCUAAUUGCUCAUGUAAGUCGCUCUGGAUAAGUGCGUCUGCUAAAUGACUAAAAUGUAAAAUUUAAAUGUAGUACUUUACUAUGCAGUUGCCCAGCAGUUCUCUCUGCCCUUGGCUGAGUGAGUAGGGUUGGUUUGUCGCUCAUGUCUCCUUGUGUUAAGUGAUUAUUAACAACGUUGUCCUCUGUUCAGACUGGAGAGCAGAGCUAGCUAUCUGAUGAGAGGAAGCCAGUGGAUGAAGCAGGGAUUACACAGCCCUGUGUGUAGCCUACCCUUCUCUGCUCUCCACUAGACCCCUCAGCCCUAUCUCCAUUAGAUAGAAUUAAAGGAGAAAUAACUGAAUAAAUCAUGAAGGCCCAUCCAGACCAAACUGAUGCUAUGUAAAAGUUGCUCUGUGUCAUUAUUGCUUAUUUGUCUGUUUUGGGGGUGCUUUGUAAAGUGCAUUACAUUCUUCCCCUGGGCAUAGCCGGGGUCAGGGUCUGCCUUCCUCUCCCAGUCCUCCACCACAUCAAUAUGCGAUUAAGCACUUUUGGAGUUUUCUCCUCUCCUCCACUUCCCCCUGUCUUUCUGGUGCAUGAUAAACAGAUGAGGAGAAAUAAGGGCUCCGUCAGCACUUCUGUAACUGGGCCUAAUUUGGUCUCUGUAUCCGGAGGAAAUCACAUUGCUCUCAGCCUAAUUAAUUCCUGCUCAAGUCAGGCUGGGGAGUCAGUCUGGGAGAGGGGAGGAGAAGGAAUAGAGGAGAAGAGAGGGAUGCAGGAGAGGAGGGGUAGACUGGACUGUGAAAAGUGAACAGAGGAUGAAGAGAGUGAUAAGGGUUGAUGGAGCGAAAGAGAUAGAGGUUACUGGGUCUGUACUCACUCAUGGAAUUUACUUGAAUGUGAAAUACCUGAACACUGCUAUGGUAUUGUUUUAAGUGAAAAUGUGUCCAUAUACUGCACAUUUGUAAGGUACUACCUCCUGAACAAAUCUGAACACCAGUUUUAAUAAUAGAUGAAAAUACAGCUAAAUGAUCAGUAGAUCUUAGGAGUGACUGUGAGGCUUUUAUGUGUGCAGCAUGGCAUCCAGCUGUGGACUCGUGACCAUGUCCCUGACCACAGAGGGAGAGGAGCGGAGGGGGGAUGUAGGUCAGCAGUGGCCCAUCACAUGAACCCCAGCCCCAGCCCUAGCCCCAGCUGCAGGAAGGACCAUGUCACUGGCCCCAGAGACGGUCCUUUCCCUGAACCAGGUCAAUGAUAAAGAGCAGAGCAGAGAAGAAGAGGGAUACUAUAACCAUAUGCUUACAGAUUACACCCUGAAUGUUAUCAGAUCACAACAUCUCAAUUGGGUUUAGGUCUGGACUUUGACUAGGCCAUUCCAAAACUUUGCAUUUGUUGCGUUUCAGCCAUUCUGAUGUAGACUUGCUUGUGUGUUUUGGAAUGUAUGAUAAACUUAAAUGUUGUAUAGAUCUCCAUUAUGAUUUUUCCGUAAAGCACAUGGAUGUGUGUGAAACUGAUAAGCAAAAACUUGGGACUUAGUCAUAUAUGCAAAAAUGUGCCUUUUUGAAUUUUGUCUAACGUUAGUAACUAGUAGCCUAGUCAAGGCUGCGUCGUGCAAUAUUGUCACACUAAACUUGUUACAGACCAAGCGGAACAAUAGUAAACCUUGAAUUUGGGGGUUGAAAAUAUCCCUCUUGUGGCCAAGUUGACCUAUUUUAAGAAAUGCCAUUGGUUGGUGGAUAUAAAGUCUAAGAUCUUUGGUUGGCUGAUGAAGAAUUUGUUACAGGAAAUAAUCAUGGCCAGCUGGUUUUGUUAUCAUAGGGCUAACUGUGCCAGGGUAUCCCAUGGGAGCAGAUAACAAUAAACAUUUUUUGAUUUUAUUUGGCUGAUGCGGAUUUUGAGACAGAGAAAAGGUUUAAACGUUUUAAAUGUUUGCAAGUGUGGACCAGGUGUUACUAAGAAUAACUCAAGGGUCUUGUUAAAAGCUUAAAGUUGGAGUUACUAGCGUCCCAUAUUUAGAAAUUAAAUGUGGCAAGAAAUGCUGUUGUGUGUUUUUGUGCAACAAGAGAUUAUAUGGUUGAAUGAUCUCAUGGUGUUAAAACAUUAUGCUUACAAAUACUGUUACACUUCCACUGUCUCAAGAUGCAUCCUGUGUGCACUAGCGUGUGUGUAUGCAUGUGUGUGUACACAUGUGUGCAACAGUGCCAAGGGCUCUUGUUGUAUGUUGCUCUCUCCUGGUGGAAAUGUGUUGUUUAAUCAUCCUCCAUGAAAUUCCUGAAUUAUACAUGUAUUUCAAGAGGCAGGCACACUUGAUUUGAGAUACUGUAAGUGCAUGUUUAAAUAUAGGGAGGAAUUCUCCCCGUGGGCAAUGCCUAAUUUGUUUUCUUUGAAAAUGCCUGAUUGUCUGCUUGAGCUGAUUUGCCAUUUUGAGGCACUGUGUACAGCAUGCACUGUAGACAUGCCAGUACGAUAAACUUAUUGGCUUUUGGCCUUUCUCCAACACAAUACAUACUUUUUUUCAGCCUUCCUGAGCAUACAUGGGCCACACAUGCACACAGCUGUCUGACAUGCAUCAUGCUAUAGUAUAGGCCAUUACCCAGCUAGCUGACCUUGUCCUGGCCACAGCUUCAUAUCUCUACUCCACUAUGUAGCCUAGCCGGCAUAUCACUACACUAGUUCCCCUGAGAGUGAGUGGAGAUAAGGCAGAUCAGACCCAGAGUGUCCAGGACACGAAGGCCUUUGUUAAUUCUGUAGAGCUCAUUGAAGGGCUCCCCUGGCAUAGGAACACAGGGUCUACUCACAUCAAAGCGGCCUUUCGUUAGGGAUUUGUGAGGGAGGUGCUGAAGAGAUAAUGGGCUAAGGGUCCUGGACACUGCCUGUACAUGGAGAGAGAGAGAGAGAGAGAGAGAGAGAGAGAGAGGCCGGUGGGAGGGGCUGAUUAGUGUGGAGCACUUAUAGUCAGAGCUGCUAUUGGGGGAAGGGAUCUCUUAGAUCAAUGGUAUUAACGUUACACAAUACCUUUGGGAAAGUAAGAAAAUGUUAUUAUUCUACUGUAAUUCAGUGACAUGCUUCUUGCAUGUACUGAAAUACUGUGUAAGUUAAUACAGGAUAAUAAUUCAAUCAUCAAAGCUGCUCUUUUUUCAUUGCGAUCAGUGCAUGACCGCUAAACUGUUUUGGCUGUGUUGACAUCAAAAUGGCUUCCUUUUCUUCUAUGUGGUCCUCUCCAUCACCACAGAUCAGUUGUUAUUUUCUCUGCACAUAGAGUAGCAGAAGCAGCAGCAAAAGAAGCUCAGCCUGCGGUCUCUAACCCUAGCUCCUCUGACAGGUGACCUUUCCCUGAAGCCUGGUCUGCCCUGUGUGGGAGGGCACUCCAUUACCAGACAGAAGCUGAGGCCGUGGUUUCUUAAAAGGGACACACACUCACACAAGCUCAUCAUGACCCACAUGCUUUGUGCACAGCUCUCUAUGACUUCCUAUUUUAGAUGUCUUUGCGAGUAAACAACAGUGUUUGUCCUCUGUGUGGAGUGUGUGUGAGUAUGUGCUCUCUAAGUGUCAUUCUGAAUCAUGCUCUGGUACAGCAGUGACUGUUGAUGAGUCAGGCUGUCUUGUCUGUGUUUUUGGUGUAGUUGCUAGCUAGGACACGUGAUGUGACCAUGGACUCUUUCGCACUAUGGCGACAUAUUCUACAUCUGUGUAAGUGUGGCCAUUCUGACUGAGAAUGUACAGUACUUUAUAACAGUGAAUUGUAGUGUCAUUAUGUUUAGUCUUUUGAAAACCUGAUGAUUUCAUAUUGGACGUUUUUCUCUCUGCAGGGUCCCGGCCCUCCCUGUUAAGAACCUGACUGGCUCUGGACCAGUUCACCCAGCAAUUGCAGGUAAUGGUUCUAUUUUUCUUAUCUUUUGCAAUUAAAAAUACAUUUUUCUCCCUGUAGGCUGCAUUUACAUGAGUGCUUUAGUUUUCGCAUCCGUUCUUACUCAGUCGCUUGGAUAAAAGCGUCUGCUAAAUGGCAUAUUAUUAUUAUUAUUAUUAUUAUUAUUAUAAUACUAAACCAACAUGGCUAUUUUCUUUCCUGUAUGAAUGUGUGUGUGUGUGUGUGCCAGGUAUGACUGGUAUCCUGAUGUGUGCUGCUGGCCUGCCCGUGUGUCUGACCCGGGCCCCUAAACCCAUCCUGCACCCACCGCCCAUCAACAAGAGUGACAUGAAGCCUGUGCCCGGGGUCAAUGGCAUCUGCCGCAAGACCAAGAAGAAGCACCUCAGGAGAGGUAUGUACAGAUGUAGGAUCUUAAUUUGAUCACCCUGUUGCAGGAGAACUUUCCUGUAAUGCAAAUUGUAGUGUAUUUGAGGUUUAAAAGGCUUCUGACGUUUGUAAUUUCCACUUUGAAAUGUCAGAGUUGAUUCUCCCUUACGAAAAAUGUAUCAACCCCUACAAAAAUGUCUAUUAAUUAUAAUCCAUUCACAUUUCCUGUUGCUGCAGGAUUAUUUUCAUGCUGUAGCAAACUGGCUCAAGUUAAGAUCCUACAUCUGUAUGUAUGACAGGGAGGGCUCCCAGGAACACUAGAGAGGAGGGGCUGUCAUGGAGUGUGAGAGGAAUUCAAUUGAGACAUUAAGAUGUAAAGUAAAUCUCUCCUCUGGAUAAUCAGAAGAAUCAGAAUAACUUUAUUCACUAAGAACAUUUAAACAUACCCGGUAUUUGACUUAGUGAGUAGGUGCUCCAGCAAUAGACAAUAUACAAACAGAAUACAGACACAAAGUCAACAUACAGAAUAUACAAUAUAAAUACAGUAAACAUACAGUCGUGGUCAAAAGUUUUGAGAAUGACACAAAUAUUAAUUUUCACAAAGUAUGCUGCCUCAGUUUUUAUGAUGCCAAUUUGCAUAUACUCCAGAAUGUUAUCAAGAGUGAUCAGAUGAAUUGCAAUUAAUUGCAAAGUCCCUCAUUGCCAUGAAAAUGAACUUAAUCCACCAAAAACAUUUCCACUGCAUUUCAGCCCUGCCACAAAAGGACCAGCUGACAUCAUGUAAGUGAUUCUCUCGUUAACACAGGUGAGAGUGUUGACGAGGACAAGGCUGGAGAUCACUCUGUCAUGCUGAUUGAGUUAAAAUAACAGACUGGAAGCUUUAAAAGGAGGGUGGUGCUUGAAAUCAUUGUUCUUCCUCUGUUAGCCAUUGUUACCUGCAAGGAAACACGUGCCAUCAUCAUUGCUUUGCACAAAAAGGGCUUCACAGGCAAGGAAAUUGCUGCUAGUAAGAUUGCACCUAAAUCAACCAUUUAUCGGAUCAUCAAGAACUUCAAGGAGAGAGGUUCAAUUGUUGUGAAGAAGGCUUCAGGACGUCCAAGAAAGUCCAGCAAGCGCCAGGACCGUCUCCUAAAGUUGAUUCAGCUGCGGGAUCAGGGCACCACCAGUGCAGAGCUUGCUCAGGAAUGGCAGCAGGCAGGUGUGAGUGCAUCUGCACGCACAGUGAGGCGAAGACUUUUAGAGGAUGGCCUGGUGUCAAGAAGGGCAGCGAGGAAGCCACUUCUCCAGGAAAAACAUCAGGGACAGACUGAUAUUCUGCAAAAGGUACAGGGAUUGGACUGCUAAGGACUGGGGUAAAGUCAUUUUCUCUGAUGAAUCCCCUUUCCGAUUGUUUGGGGCAUCCGGAAAAAAAUAUUGUCCGGAGAAGACAAGGUGAGCGCUACCAUCAGUCCUGUGUCAUGCCAACAGUAAAGCAUCCUGAGACCAUUCAUGUGUGGGGUUGCUUCUCAGCCAAGGGAGUGGGCUCACUCACAAUUUUGCCUUAGAACACAGCCAUGAAUAAAGAAUGGUACCAACACAUCCUCUGAGAGCAACUUCUCCCAACCAUCCAAGAACAGUUUGGUGACGAACAAUGCCUUUUCCAGUAUGAUGGAGCACCUUGCCAUAAGGCAAAAGUGAUAACUAAGUGGCUCGGGGAACAAAACAUCGACAUUUUGGGUCCAUGGCCAGGGAACUCCCCAGACCUUAAUCCCAUUGAGAACGUGGUCAAUCCUCAUGAGGCGGGUGGACAAACAAAAACCCACAAAUUCUGACAAACUCCAAGCAUUGAUUAUGCAAGAAUGGGCUGCCAUCAGUCAGGAUGUGGCCCAGAAGAUAAUUGACAGCAUGCCAAGGCGGAUUGCAGAGGUCUUGAAAAAUAAGGGUCAACACUGCAAAUAUUGACUCUUUGCAUAAAUGUAAUGUAAUUGUCAAUAAAAGCCUUUGACACUUAUGGAAUGCUUGUAAUUAUACUUCAGUAUACCAUAGUAACAUCUGACAAAAACAUCUAAAAACACUGAAGCAGCAAACUUUGUGAAGACCAAUACAUGUGUCAUUCUCAAAACUUUUGACCACGACUGUGCAACUCUGGAGUAUAAGCUGAUUCACAGUGAGGACAUACAAUUUACAGAGGGGAUAUAUCUAUAUAUGGAGAGGUGUACAUAGUGCAAAUGCAGUAUAGUGCAGUUAUUAUUAUUUCACCUCAUUGAUGGCAAGGUGCAGUGUUCGGCUCAAUGCAAAGUCUCUUAAUUCCUAUGAGCCUCAUGGCCAGUUGGUGAGGACCACGGUACCGGGGAAAAAACUGUUGAGGCGGCGGGGGGUUUUGGUCAUGUUUGACCUGAACCGUUUGCCAGAGGGGAUUCUUUGAAAGAUGGGGUGUCCAAGUUGGGGGGGGGGGGGGGGUCGGCGAUGAUCUUUCCUGCAUGCUUCCUUGUCCUGGAGUCGUGCAGGUCCUCGGUGGAGGGCAGGUCAAUCAAUACAAUGUAUUUAUAAAGCCCUUUUUACAUGAACAGAUGUCACAAAGUGCUAUACAGAAACCCAGCCUAAAACCCCAAACAGCAAGCAAUGCAGAUGUAGAAGCGGGUAGCUAAUGACCCUGUCAGCAGAUUGGACAAUGCAGUCCUGAUGACCCUGAUGAAGGGAAAGGGAGGGAUUACAGUCACACUCACCACAUUUCAUGGGUUUCCCACCACAUUGAAAUUAACUAUUUAUUAAAUUAGCUAUUUCCACAACUAUAAUUAAGAUGAAUCUAUUGUAGUGAGAUGGGUUGAUGAUGAUCCUGUGGUGAGAUGUGUGGCUUUAGCUAAAAUGGCGCCAGGCCAAUGUCAAUUUGAUGCCGUUGAAACCACAGGCGUCCCCGUUUGAGUGUCUGUCCUAAUUGGUCAGUGCAGGCGGUGGGUUUUUCAGCCCUGCAUCACUCUGUUCCACCCAGACACCUCCGCCAUCUCUCCCCUCCCUCCCCUUCAUCACUCCAUCCCCGGGCCGCAGACUCAGGCGGGGGCAUUGGGACGGGAGGACACCACGGACUGAUAGAUGGGUUGCAGCCAAUUAUUAUUAUUUUUUUUACAUUUUAGUCAUUUAGCAGAUGCUCUUAUCCAGAGCGACUUACAGUUAGUGAGUGCGUACAUUUUCAUACUGGCCCCCCGUGGGAAACGAACCCACAACCCUGGCGUUGCAAGCGCCAUGCUCUACCAACUGAUGCAGCAUAGCCCCCAUGGAACGAGGCAGAGAGGGAAAGAGAUUUGGGGUUAUCCUGUUCCGGCUGCCACUCUAAAGGAGGCUAGAGAGGCCUUUGAUCUAGCAAAUGAAACCAUCAAAAAGGCAAUGCCGGAAAAUGCAUAAUGCAGUCCUUCUCCCUGUCUCUCCCUCUGUAUCUCUCUCUCUCCAUUGCUUUCUCUCAUCUCUCUCGCUUCUCUGUCUCUUUCACUCUCUUCCUCUCCCCCUUCCCCCUUUCUCUCUCUCCCUCUCUCUGUUCCCCAAAUGAGCAAACAAAUGUGCUGGGGGAAGAGUGCCCGUCUGUAAGCGUAUUAGAGGUGUAAGCUGUGGGUGAGCUCUGACAGCCAUGCUAGCUUAGUUUCACACUGGGAUUAGCUUGGUGUGUGGGUGAUGGCUCAUUGUUCUGUGUCACUUUGAAGGUGACCUCCUCUUCAACAUCACACACAGUAUUAUUCACACUCUCUUAUUGGACUGGUCUGUCUCAUCAUAAUCAAGUAGGUCUAUGGUACUUUAGAGCCAGACCAGUCACUGGGUUUACCUAUUGCUCAAAUAGACAGCAUUCACUUCUCCUUAUGCAGAUCUAUCUAGUCAUAUUUUCCUUUUAACCAUAUGCCUUCAAUGUUGUGUUUUAUUGCUAGGGAAAAACCCAGAGGAUGUAGUGCGGAGAUACACAGAGAAAGUGAAGGUAGCCCCUGAUGAGGUAAGGAGAGUCCUGGGUGACACACACUUUAAUGCGGUUUGAAAUCAAUAUACUGUACAGUGUAUCAUUGCUAUGCAUCCCAACCCUACAGUAAGAUACAGUAGCUGUUAGGGUCUAACUGGUGCCCACUCACUUUCCCUUCCCAGGACUGCACCAUCUGCAUGGAGAGGCUGGUGAUGUCAUCGGGUUACGAGGGUGUCCUGCAGCACAAGGGCAUAAAGCCAGAAAUGGUGGGCAAGCUUGGCAAGUGUGGGCACAUUUACCAUCUGCUGUGCCUGGUGGCCAUGUACAACAAUGGCAACAAGGUGAGAAAGGGCAUUCGCGCCAGCGCUUGUUAUGGUAUCAAUGAUACCAUAUCAUAAUAUGAUAUUGUAUAGUAGUGGGUGAAAUUACACAUCCCAUUUGAUGUGAUGUGUUAUACUUUGAUAUCAUUCGAUUAGAUGAGAUGAGAUUAGACUAGAUUGAGAUCAAACUCAUUCAGAAGCAGGCCUUACUCUGCAAAGCACAGUUCAUGCUCAUUUGAAUGCAUAACCAUUAAACAAAAUUACAAUUAUUUUUUUAUUUAAAGUCUAUUUAGUACAGAAGAUGGCUCUAUGUCCAUGAAAUCAUUCUAGAUUAGAUUAAAUAUGUUUGAUUAGAUUAGGAAUGAAUAUUGAACAUUUAAUGUGUCCCUGUCCAGGAUGGCAGUCUACAGUGCCCCACCUGUAAGGCUAUCUAUGGGGAGAAGACAGGCACACAGCCCCCUGGGAAGAUGGAGUACCAUGUCAUUCCCCACUGCCUGCCUGGCUACCCGGAGGCCAAGACCAUCCGCAUCGUCUAUGACAUUCCUGCUGGCAUACAGGUAAGCACGACACUUUACGUCCCACCCUUAUAUCCUUCACACUCACACAGUCCACUCAUCCACUGGCUCUCCUUCCUAGGUCUAUUCUCUUCCAUCUACAUUGGUAUAAGACUGUUGUGUCUGACAUGAGGAUGCUUCAGAGGGUAUUUGAUUAUGUGUUUAGUGUUGCUGAGGGGGUUGAAAUGUCCCAAAGCCGCGUGACUGCAUCCUCGUAAAGAGAGAGAGAGAACGAUUCACCUCCUCUCUUUGCAGUGGGCGGAGGCGGUCGAGAGGAGGGAAGAGGGCUGCAUAUUUCAUCCUGACUGCAGAGCGGAGCUUUAAUAGAGUCAAUGAAGUGACCUUUAUUUUCAGAAGAGCAGGCUUAGUCUCCCUGGGGAGGGAAGAGGGAGACUAUGUCUGUCUGUCCCCUGCCCUCCACACUGCAUCAGCACAUCACACCACAACCCACCCACAGUGCCCCAUCACACCACUCACCCUCCUCACUUCCCCCUUCAAACACAUCUUCACUGACAGCUGUACUCUGUGUAAGAAAGUCAUGAUAUAGUAAUGAUACAGUACAUUAUGAAGUAGAGUGGAGUACAAUGAGUAUGGUGUGGCAUGUCAACACAUAUCACCUGCAUCACAGAGCAUGGCAGUUACUUGUUUGUUAUACAACUGGUAUACAACUGGUAUUCUUUAUUUUUUUUCCUUUUCUUUUUUUUUUUGGGGGGGGGGGGGGUAGAUCAGCUUAAUAUUGCAGAUAGAUUGUAACUUCCAUCAAUCUAAUUGUCUGCAUCACUUCCAAUCCCCCAUGUUUUUUAUAUAUAUACUCCCCUUUAUUACUUUUCACCCCCGCCAUCCUUUCCCUACUUGGGGUAAAUUAGUGAACAACAAUGCUUAGGCCUCUACUUCCAGCUUAUACUUACUAUCUACAUUUUAUGGACACAGUCAAUUUUACAAUAAUUAUAUUUUGUUUGUUUUUCUUGAUGAACAUGUUUCUUGAUGAAAAGUAAAAAGGUUUUGUUUUGGCAGUGGCAUUCACCCCCCCCCCCCCCCAAUUAAUGCUUUGAUAGAGUGCAAAUAAACUCACAGAGUAGUCUGAGUACUAGUAUAGAAUCUUGUCCCAGGGGCACAUUUGACAUUUCCCUCUGACUGAAUGUUAAUUGAAAGAGAAAGAGCAGGGUUGUGAACAGGGGCGGUGUGUUCAUUAGGGCGAUAUGGGCGACGCACUGCCAAACGGGAAAAGGAAGGGAUUUUUUUUCUAAUCAAUUAUAUCACGGCAACAGUAGUUAUCAGUGUUCUAAUCUAGACGUCUGAUCUGCCACUAAAUGUCCAAUCAGGCUAAAGUCGUGCUUCAAAUGGCCCCGCCCCUUUUGGGGCGAUUUCAGUCAGGUUGAAAAUCGCCCCAGAAGUCUCUCAUAGACUCUCAUGUAAAAUCUUUUUUUUUCAAAUAUCAGAGCUUUCAAUACAAUCUCUAUGGGUUCCGGGAGGGCUUGCACUUACGCGCUUUCGUCAUACGUAACAUAACCAUGAACGUAACUAAGAAAAGAGCGGGUAGCAGCGUCAAUCAAUUCACGUACUACUGUCAAGAUGGCUAGCGUUCAGUGCAACUCGAUUGUCUCUUUGAAAGAAGUUCCUUUUUGUCGGCGAACAAAUCAAGAUAAAUUGGCAACGAAACAAUUAGGACCUCCCAGACCAAAUUUAAUAAUUCAGCAGGUUUCUACUAAAGGGGGAAAGUCCUACACCCGAGGAUUUUCCAAAAAUUGGUAUGAACGAAAAACCUGGCUAGCAGGCUGCGAUGUAGCUAAUGCAGUCUUCUGCUACCCCUGCUUACUCUUUCACCCUGAAGGCGGCACGGCAGACAGCACCGCUUGGACAGCGACUGGUGUAACGGACAUGCACCAUCUUUCAGAAAAGAUUAAGAAACAUGAGCUGUCAAAGACCCACAUGGAUAGCUGUUUGAGAUUGUCUGCUUUGGGGAGAGUGAACAUUGCCACUCACUCAACUGGAUGAGGGAUACAGGCUAGCUGUCCGCCGCCACAACGAUGAGGUUAGCAAGAACCGCCACAUCCUCAGCCGGCUAAUCCAGUGUGUGAAGUUUUGCGGAGUGUUUGAGUUAGCUUUGCGAGGCAAAGAUGAAACUGAGGGCUCCACCAACCCUGGUAUUUUUCUUGGACUUGUCAACUUUGUGGCACAAUUAGAUGAGGUGUUUUAUGGAAAUGCAUAUUGUUUAUGCAGUGUUGAGGAAUGUGAAAGAACACCCUUGAUUAUUUUUACUGUGAUAACUUAUUUUGCUUUUGUAAGCCAACACUUUUGAGAUCAGUCAAUAAAUGCUUCUGGUAUUGACUUAUAUGCUGCCCCUGUCUUCAUGUUGUUGCUGGACAUAUCUUUUUUAAAAUGUGUGUAGGUCACCUAAAUCAUCAGAAAAAUUGCCCCCCCUGAGAAUUUUUUCAGGAGCCGCCACUGGUUGUGAAUGUUUUUGUCCUUUUCACCAGGCCACAGAGCAUCCCAACCCAGGGAAGAAGUUCAGCGCUAGAGGCUUCCCACGGCACUGCUACCUCCCAGACAAUGACAAGGGCAGGAAGGUAAGACUUACAGUACUGUCUGUGUGUAUAUGGGAAUAACAUGUUUUCCACAAUACAUGCUGUAGUAGGCAACACCCUUGACUGGACAUGUAAGUCUGUCUGUCUGUCCCCAGGUCCUGAAGCUCCUGAUCAUGGCGUGGGACCGCCGCCUCAUCUUCACCAUCGACACGUCCAGCACCACGGGCGAGUCGGACACGGUGGUGUGGAACGAGAUCCACCACAAGACAGAGUUUGGCUCCAACCUGACAGGGCACGGCUACCCAGACCCCAACUACCUGGACAACGUCCUGACAGAGCUGUCAGCCCAGGGGGUGGGAGAGGACAACCUGAAGGACUGA